AUGGAUGAUUGCCCUGAACAAGAAGGCCCUGGGGUAACCCGUACAAAAAGGUAAGCUUCGUUGUAUUAUGUUAGCCUUGCACUUAACAUCACAAUGUUUGGAGGUUGAAGUUAGUUUGUGAUUCAUUGCAAUGAAGACGAGUCAACAGAUGUGUUUGUUAGACAAGGCUUUGAGCCCGCAAUGGAUUCACGCAGGACUUGCUACCAUUUCACUUUGCAUUUCGAUCACUGGAGAUAUUUACAUCCUGUAUAGCGCCAUUGUGCAUGUAAUAAGGUGAGUUACUGAAGGACCAUUUCGGCGAGUUUUAAAGAGAAAAGGUAAAUUUAUGGUGCCGAGUACUGCUUACGCUUAUGUUUACCAGCUCAUACAUAACAAAGAGAGUCUACAUUACAGAACGUGGAAUAAUAUGUGCAACUUUUCAUAACUAAUUAUUGUAAUCAGUAUUAUUAACGUCCUUCCUUUAAAGAAUGUUAUCUGUUGGGAGAAUUCAUUUCCUAUCUGCCUGGUUUCUGGUAACAAGAAUGUGCUGACAUGGCAGCAUCACAUUUCAUAUGUCUUUAAUAAAAAAAGGCUAUUGUUACUCAUUGCAGUGAAAUGCAAUAAUAAUAGUAAUGAUAAUAGUAAUAAUAAUAAUGAUAGUAUUGUUGUUCUCAUGAAUUGUGAUUUAAGUAGCUAUAAUUAUUAUUAUGUUGUCUUCUUGCCAAUCUUAUUCAUCAGGGUAACUGGUGAAAUUACCUGAAAGUCAUCUUGUCCAAAGAAAUGUUGCCUGAAACCAGAGUUAUGUUGCCUGAAAUUUGUUUAUAACUCCCAAUUCAGGAUUUUGGGCAACAUGUAUAUUUUUUAUGUUACCGAAAUCCUGAAUUAUGUUGGCUGAAAUUUUUCUCAGAGAAAAAUUCACAGAGAAAUAGAGUGGAAUAAAGCAGUGUAAGCCACGAUGAGACAAAACAAGCGCCAUUUUAAGCCAAGAUGUGAUGAAACAAGGGUGAUAAAAUAUGCAGUGUAUCUUGUUCUUUAAGCCUUUUGUGUAAAUUAUAAGUGUAAAUGUUCUAAAAGGUUUGGGAUGACUCUAUAUCUUUCUAAGACAAAAGAAAGCGAUGGGAGGAAUGUACUCCAUUUCAUAAAACACAGAAUUUUCCACCAUUUGAUCCCAAGAAAGAUGAAUAAAGUUUACUUACUGUUUGCUUUUAGCAUUGUCUAUUGCAUUUUGUUUGUGGCACUUUGAGUCUUCUUGAAGUUAGUGUCACUGGCAACCUUCAUGUAGAUAAGAAAACCAUAAGACAUGCAGUUUCUGUGACACCAUCAGCUGAAUACUUGCUGAUUUCCAGUUUUCUCACACUUCCUUGCAUCCGUUGCUAUCCCUCCUCGGGAAAGUGAAAGCCAGACAGUUUGUGAAGUUCCGUGCCGAAAAUCACAGAAUUUGCAAGGCUCUUAAGUUACUUAAAAAAUUUUUUUCUUAAGCUGCGUAGCAAGUGUUUCCGAUAGAGUUAAUGCGUGAAAGUUGGAGGAAGAGCAAAAAAUGGAAGAAGUUGGGGUUUGAGGGCAAGCUUUUCCUUAAUUUUUACCACUCCCCUUCAUUCCUCUUUUUGCUUUCUCAAUUUUCUUGACCAACUCACGUGGAAACGCUUGUCAUGCUCAAGGAUUGACUUAAAAAUAGAAAAAUAUUGCUCAUUUUUUUUCUCUCAGAAGCAAGCUUCAAGGUAAAAGAAAGGGGUCAUCUAAUCAAAGUUCUUCCAACGAGGUGGAAAACAAAAGGUACAUUUAGAGUCAUAAGUUUUCUUUUACCAUUUCACGAUGCACACUCUCAAUCAACAAAUCAGGUUAGGGGUUGGUGAAUUGAAUUGAAUCUAAAGGAUGGUUGAGGGUUACACAGAGCAGCAAAUGAGUGAGUGAAAACCACCAAACCCCAUCUUCCAACAUCCUGGGAUUAUCAAAAUGGAAUGUGAAUAUGGGAACUCUCAAGAACUUUUAAGAAAAAUGUCUGGUUUUCUAAGUUCCAGGGACCGUACAUAUAAGCUGUUAAUAAAAAUAUUGAAUAUUGCCUUGUGUUACAUAUAUGUAGAUCCAAACCCAGUCUACCUGGGCGGUCAUCUUCAACAACUCCCAAGCGUCAGUCAAGUGUAAACUGCUCAUACAAGUAAGUGACAGUCAAUACUACUGCUACUUUUUUUUUUAGAAUUUUCUUCGAAAAGAAUUUACCUGGUAACAAGAACCCUGUUUGCCAUUAUGGCCUCAUGGACUGAUGUUCAGUCUGUAUUUCUCAAUUCUGCUCCAUGUUUAGAGAGUUAUCUGUCACACUAUGCCCUAAUUUCCACCUUUCUGUUUGGGCUGAACGUCAGAUGUCAACUGGUACAUGUAUGACUCGCAAUGAAUCUUAUGCCCAGAGAUUUAACUACAAGAGCUUCAUGAGUAAAAUAAUUUUGAUGUAAAAACACAAUGCCCUUACUACGUGUUUUAAUAGUAGUUACAGUACCCCUCACAAGUAUGUCACAGUUGAGUCUUGUUUUCUGCAGUAUAAGAAUUGCUUCAUGCAAGGAUCAGUGAAGCUACAUAUUUUGGCAUAAUUAUCAACAAUCUGUCCUGCCCAAAACCAAUCAAUUUCUGCAUUAUUGUUGGCUUCUUUUGGGGAAAUUUUCUUUGAAGUUCUCAUCACCACAGCAUUUCAGCAUACAUGUGAUUGCCUAGUUUUUCAAACUUUCAUUACUGUUACAGUUUAACUAACCGCUGACAUAAGUGACGCUAAUCUUAUUUCUUUACUGAUUUAGUUUAAGGUCUCGCAGUUCUUCUGUGAGCCCUCGGACCAGCACCAGUGAUUGUGGAAUCCACAGGUAACAUUCACUUCUUUUGAUUUUAACAAUCAAAUAGUAAAAUUAUGGUGAAGGUUUUCGUCACUCAACUUUACUUGAGUGGUAUCGUUGACAGGCUAGUGGUGGUGGAGGAAAGUGCUAGGCUACACUGCUAGGCUGUCAACGAGGUUAAAAGGAAGAGCACUUAGACAAUAAGUUAGAACAAGUUAUAGCUAUCUCUAAGCGCCAAUGAGCAACAAUUUUACCUAAACGCCCACGCUGUUUAAUUUGUUUAAAAAUGUCAUUAAUUACCGUAACAAUAAAAAAUUGCUUCGGGCAAAUGCGACAGAUACCCGAGUAUUCUCUGUUCUACAUUACGUCAUGAAAGUUACCACACACUACCUUAUGUUAUGUCACUUCGAGAUUCAUUCUGCCUUGGAACUUUUGCGCACGUCUUUAUUAGGCUGUCGCCUUGCAGCCUCGCAUCUUCACAAGGCUGCUUGUUGGCAAUAACUACAUUUGUAUGCAAGCACUCCAUGAUCAUUUUUGUUUCCUCCCCUUUCAGUGUCCAACAAGUCGUCCAGGAGAAGCAGACUUUAAGCAGCAAGCCUGUUAUUGGGUCAUCAUCUUCAUUAACUGUUGGCAAGCCUGAGCAAACUCAGUCCUUGUCAUCAUCUGCAGGCCAUUCAGCACUUUCCACACCUUCAUUUACUUAUUCAAACAGUUCUGCAGCCAUUGGUAACUCACCAUCAAGCUCCAAGUCUUCCUCCCGUGGAAGACGUGCCACGUCAUCAUCAUCUCUGUCUGAUAAGACCACAGAAACAAGCCAAUCCUCAUCCUGUUCUUCUCGUCCACAAUCACGAAGUUGGAGAAGAAGUGACCCGCCUGAGCCAGGCAUAGGCUUAAGGCGGUCACAGAGGCUUAAAGAGACAACGGGAUCCUGUGCUAGUAACAGGUAUGAAACUUUUGUGUGAAAUCCAAGCUGCAAAACAUUUUCUAUCCCUACCCUCCACCCUCAAACCAUAUGGAGCCAAGGAACUUCAUCCUCACACUGCAUGACUUUGCCUUGGUAAUGGUAACAGAAAGCAAAAUUAGUCAGACUGAUUGAACACUAAUAUUAUUGAUUGGUUUUAAAAAACAAACUUUUGCUAUUAAAAGAAAGUUCCAUAAACAACUAAGCUUAUACCCUGUUGCAGUCAACCUAAAUAGCUACCUGUAUGUUCAGAUGGAAGAUUCUUCUUAGUUUCAGUCUCACAGAUCAAUCAAAUUAACUUAAUCCUCAUUGUUACAAACAAGCUUUUUACUCUGGCUUAAUAUGCACAUUAUGUACACUUAUAAACUCUAUUUUGUUUUUUAGUCGGCGUGGGCCACAGGGGAAAAAGCAGUCGUGGACACGCCGGCAGGCUUCCAACAUGUCAGUAGACAAGUAUGUACUAUAUUAUUUAAAAUGAAAACCAAUUCAUUCAGCCAAGGACAAAAAAUACUGAAUACCCUAUUAGCUAGUUAAUUCUAUUUAAUUACAUGUAAAUCAAAGGUCUCCCUUUAUUUUUUCCCCUCUUUUUUUCCAUGACAGAGCACAUGUAACAUAGUUUUCAUAAUUGUCUUGAUCACAAUUAUUUUAAUUCUGACUUCUCAGGCUGACUCAUCCCCAGUCGUCUCUCAUUAUUAGUAUUUGGCGUGGAAUACUAGAAUGAAGAACGAACUAGAACAAAGGGGAUGACGGGAAAGAAGAAGGGAUGACCAAGGGGAUGACGGGAAGGAAGAAGCCUUCCCAUCUUCCCAGUGCGCAUAACCCAAGCACUUCCCUAGUAAAUAAUUAAUGAGUAGAGACAACUGGGGACAAGUCAGUUUCUCAAGUGUUUACAGUGACUAUAAGCAAUGUGCUUUUGAGAGGUGGGGCAGUAUGGUGGGUUACAUUAAUUUUUGUUCAUGGCACUGGAGUUUUAAUGUGAUGCUUGACUUUUAAGCCCAGCCUGGGUCCAGACGCUGGAUAUACAAUAAUGGCUAUCAUGUUGCAAUAUUUAUCCCACUUAAACUCUUUGUUUUUAAUGGCAGACAUUGGUGGUUGCAUCUGACUUAAGGCUGUUUUUUAAGUGACAGAGAACUUUUGGAAUCAGAGUUGUUAACAGAAGCAUUUAGUAUUAUUAUCAAGGGAAAAAAAGCAUUUUUUUUCACUUGUAACUUUGUGGCUUACAGUCCAGUGAAAACUAGUCAAGAUUAUUGAGGUCAUGAGUAGAAGCAGAAGAGCUAAACCAACCACAAUGUGUAGUUGAAGGGCAUUCUGAUUGGUAUAUUUUUCUGCUUCCGCUUUCCACUCCAGUAAUCCAGUUUUCAUAAAACUGUAAACAAAAGACUGAGUCACAUGUGGAGAGGGAAAAAAAGCAGAAACGUUCUGAUUCUUGCAACUCUGCUUCUGUUGAGCCUAUGACUGGGUUCACCACUCUUGUUUUUUUUAUUUUCACUGGGUCUUAAGCACUAUUUUGACGCCAAUUAUUACCAUUUGAGCCAUAAUAGUAACAUUCACCCUGUAUGCUGUAAUUACGUGUAUGUCAAAAUGUGCAAGCUUAAGUUAUAACUUUAAAAAACUAAUAUCAUUUUUCUAUAUUUCUUUAGUGAACCUCAAGAUCCUGGGUCUUCAGAUGCAGGUAUGAACUGUAUAUUGCACUCUCACAGUAACUUGUAUGUGUACAUCAUUGUCCUGUAUAGAGUAUAAUAGAGGUUCUCAAUGAUUAAACAGGUUUUCUCUUGGAGGGGAAUGAAGACCCCCAUUAUCAGUGUUAGAAAAUAUCAAGCAUAUACCCUCUAAAGAUACGCUUUCCAAAAAUAAGCCCACUAAAUUACAGUACUUAAUGCUACACUAAUUUAGAGACUGUGAGUAGCCAGAUGGUUUUAUCUUUGAUUUCAUAUACUACAGCCCUGUAAAAAAAAGUGGCUUGUUGCGUAAAGAGUUAUUUUUUUCAAGAAAAUGACUGUGUUAUUUAUUGACCACUGUUUUUACUUUUUGCAGCUCGUGGCAGUGUUGAAGACUCUGCAGCUCCAUCCUCCAGUGGUAUAUUUUUACAUAUCAAUUUUUGUAACUAUAAAUCUUUUAUUUCAGAAAAUAUUCAUCCCCCCCCCCCUCCUCAAGAGGGAUUUUUUUUUGUUUGAACCUGCCUCCCAUCUCCAAGCUCCAGUUUUUCUUCAGACUUUCCUUUAAAAAAUUCCCUGUCCUUAUUUUCUGGAAACACACAAUUUUAUUUGCAUUGCUUUCUGAAAUUGGGGGUGGUAAAAUUAUAUUCAAAAGUUACAGACUAUUGAAACUUUUUAACUAUUGAAUAUAUAAAAAAUAACAAAUUUUCCUUUAAGUAGAUGCCAUUACUUCUUUUCGUUUGACUUGACCAAAUAAACAUGUUAUAGUGUUCUUUGGAUUUUCAAAUGGUGGCUCAGAAACCAUGAUCACUUUUUUGCAUAGCCAGUGGCUGUAGCAUGUACAUGUAACAGGUUACUUUAACUUACUACUGCAGGAGAGGCUUCCAGAAAUGAGAUGGAGGGAUCUGGCAGCCUUGAAGACUUGGAAUUAAAAGAUGGAGAAUUGUCAAGACUGCAAGGUCAGACAUUUUGAUAGUGAUUGUAAAGUUAUUUGUUAAUAUAUAGUAGCAAAGAAUAUGCAUAAAGUGCAAAUUCACUGGAGAAUACAAAUUCCAUUGAGAAAUACAGGCAUGUCGUGACCCCAAAAGAAUUAUUUUCGGAGAGCAGCACAUUCCAAACAUUACAAGGGAGGUACAUGAUAUGUACACAACAGGGAAGUAGAUAAGUGGUGGCUGACAGCAACAUGCAAAGAAAUUUGUGUUUGAUAUCCCAGGGUAGUGGAUUUUGCUAUCGGGCUAGUGAUUUUUGUCCUUAACUUUCCUGAUGGGGAAGUGCUGUUUUUUGGGGAAAUUCAAAUUACAGAUGGAUUGUAAUCAAUCCUGCUAAUCAAAAAACGUUUGGGGGCUAGUUGAAAUGACUUGUGUGCUAGUACAUGCUAGCUACAGCUUGCCCAAAUGGCAGGCUGUAAAACUGACUUUCUUUGCACCCUGUGACAGCAAAUAUAAGCUUAUUAAUUUCACUGCAAAUCAAAGACAUGGGGUUUUCAUGGUGCACAGUUAAGUAUAACUAGUCUAACAGAAUAGCCUGCUUAGCUCUUACUGACACUUAAGCUUUAUUCCCGGAUUUAAAGUGUCUCUUCCUAUUGGUGAAUAUAUAAUGCAGGCACACCUUUUUCCUGGUCACAUACAGAGCAGACAGUAAAUUUCCUACCAUUCCUUUCUGCCACCAUGCAAGAAGUUAUUUUAAGGGCAUUUCCUGCAAAGCAAGUUCUCUUCAUGUAUUUGUCCUUUUUGUUUUAUUGUAGCCCUUUUGGAGGCACGUGGUGUACCAUCUCAUCUGAUUGGCUCACUUGGACCACGAAUGCAUCAGCUCUUGCAUCGAACUAUCAGCUCUGGUUCAGGUAAACAUGUCAAUGGUACAGCAGAUUCAGUGUCUUAGUUUGUAUAUUAUGAAUUAUGAAUUAUUUUUUAAAUUAUUUUUCCGACAGCCUGUGUGCUCAAGGCUGUGCUCGAAGAAAAAUAAUUGCCCAGUGCUUUGAACCUGUGAAAUCCACGUUGUUCAGCAUAUAUUUUUUUCUGAAAUCAAAUCUAACAAUUCCUAGUCACCCAAGAGCAAAAGUGAGGCACCUGGGGCCACUGGUCAUUGCUGGAGCAUAGCCCUAAACUGUAAAUUAAAAACUGAGUAGUAACUAUGUUUAUUUAAAUCAAUCAUCUUGCCCAACAUCUAGGUGGUAAAGUUCAACAGAUGUUGACAGGGAUCCAGUCAUCAGAUGAGGGACAACAGCUCCAGUCUGUUAUUGAAAUGUGCCAGGUAAUGACUGAGGCAGGAAAUACUCCAGAUUACUCUUCUGUCUGUAAUUUAAUGCAAAAAAUAAUUGUAAGUCUAGGCCAAACUAAAUUGUGUUCUUCAUAUACAGGCUUUACAUACUUGUCUUAGCUUAAAAUGACAUGCACUUACUUUAUUCAGUGCCAAAUCUGUCUGUUAGUCUAAGGAGACUUUCCAAAAGUCAGAACUGGCCGACUGAACCAUGGCCGGAUGAGCUAUUUUGAAAAUGAACUGGCUUUUUCCAAGAGCUUUUUCUAUCUCGUGCAUACUAGUUAGGUUUUGACUGAUCUGGCUGGAUAGUUUUGAUUAAAAGUAAAAUUCUCAUUACGACGGGAAUGUUGUGGCCGGUCAGUUCUGACAAAUGGAAAGUGCCCUAUGUGUAUGCAAGUGGAUAAUAAUAAUUUUCCAUUUGCACAUCUCCCAUAAUACACCUUAUUCAACCCCCAAAAUUGUGAAUAACCUUUGUUGUUGAUUUCUCUAGGGAAUUACAGUCAUCCCAAGAGAAAUUGAGACAAUAGUGGGCGGGGAAGGCGGGGGGAGCAAACAAGGUGUAUUAUGGGAGAUGUGCAAAUGGCAAAUAAAUUGUAUUUUUUUCUGUUUAUUUAAGUGUUCUUUAUGUACACCCAUAAAUGUAUCGUGUUUUUCCUCUCCACUAUUAUCAUUUAGAAGCUCCCGUUUAUAGAGGUUUUGUCAAUUUGUGUCUUAAUUUGCUCUUUGUUAUAGUUUCUAGUUAUGGGGAAUGAAGAGAGCCUUGUUGGUUUUCCUGUGAAGCAAGUUGUGCCUGCACUAGUGAGUAGUCUCUCUCUAUCAACAAAUGAAUGUCCACACUGUAGGCUGGUUUAAGGCUGAUAUAGAGGAUGCUGUACACUCUCCUUUUUGUUCCUUUGUAAAAGAUCUUGAGGAUAGUAAAGUUAGCUUUCAUUAAUACUAUUACUGAAGGAAAGCCUAUCACAUACAACAAGCAGGCAACCAAUUGAACAAAAUCUUUGCUGGAAUGCAGGCACAAGCAAUGAAAAACUGUUGUAAAAACAUGACAACUAAAAGUGGAAAUAAGUUUAUGCUCUGCACACUUAUUUUCGAUGUUGUGAUGCAUUAACUGUCUUUGUUGCAUUUGUUUUCAUCAGAUUAACCUGCUUUCAAUGGAGCACAAUUUUGACAUUGUAAGUAUAUGAAUUUCCCACCACACACUUUCACAUUUGGCUACAUUGUAUGUUUUUAAAUGUGUAGCUUUGGGUGUCCUUACUCUGUCAGUGUCUCCUGUACAUUUGUUGACUUUGUUGACUUUGCAGAUGAACCAUGGCUGUCGAGCAUUGACAUACCUGAUGGAGGCUCUCCCGAGAUCAACAGCUGUAGUAGUGGAAGCAGUGCCUGUGUUUAUAGAGAAGGUAUGACCUCAGAAGCCAUGAAUGGGUAAUUAACCCUUUAAACCCUAACAUAAAAAUGCAAAUUCUCAUUUGUUAUCCCUAUACGUUUUCAAUAGAAGUAGUGGGGAGAAUUUGUUGAAGCAUCAAUUAGAUUAAUUUUGUGUGAUCAUGUCCUCAAUUCUCAUGACCACUCUGUUUUAUAAAGCAGUGAUAUUACAAGGAGAAACUUGAAGCUGAUCACUCUAAGGGCUUAAAGGGUUAACAAGGCAAAUGGCUCAGCAUGUAGAGGGAGGCUGCUAAGCACAAAAGAAGUGUAAGAGUCGCUGACUGCAACUCUAGCUUCUCAAGUGCUUAGCAAUCCUCCCAAGUGCAACUAUAACUCAAUAGUACGCGCUGAGCUGUUUACCAUUUGUUUUAUAAGAUAACCAAAAGAGAACAACUUUUAAUUUUGCUCACGGAUAGGAGGGAAUGACGUGAGUGCUGUAAUCUGCUUGCUCUAUGGUGUGUGCAAAUCAUUCCUUGCAAAUUCUUUUGUUACAAGAAAAAUCUUUUUUUUGUUAAUAACUAGUUCACCAUCUUUUAGUGCACUUGCUUUCAUCACCAUUCACCCAUGGGCAAACAGUUAAUGGGUAAUUGAAGAAUCAGAGCAUGCUCUUUACGUUUGUUAUGUUAUAAAAGGUUUUGAUGAACUGGUUGGAUUUUAGGAGCAAAAUUAUCAGUUGCCAUGUUGAGGUGGCCAUUGUUGUUGUCUCUUUUUUUUUCUUAUUACUACAUGUACAAGGAUUGGUUUUUUUCUAGAUUCUCUUGUUAUUUUUGCUAUUUUAAAACCAACAAUGUACGAAUUUCAUAAUAAUUUUACAUCAUUAUGGCUUACCUUGUUGUAAUUUCUGUACUCCCUUUGGGCCCAGUUUUUCAAAGGCUGAUUAGCGCUAACCCAGGGUUUAAUUUCUACCCGGGUUUCUUUUUCUGUUCAUCAAAAGCAUUUUCUCCAAUUAAUUUCUCUAAUAUUUUUGGAGUAUCCAAUCAUCAAAUUGUAGACAAAAAAAAACUGAAGUGAAUUUGCUUUUUAAGCUUUCAUAUCUGAAUUCAAAUUUUGCACUUACCCAGGGUUAUCUUAACCCAGCUUUAAACAACCCAGCCUGGUCUAUAGCCUUUUUUUGCCUUUAAGAAGUAAACAAACUGAGAUUAUAAUCUUACUUUUAUUUUAUGAAGCUUCAAGUCAUCCAGUGCAUGGAUGUAGCAGAACAAGCACUGACUGCAUUAGCAAUGCUGUCCAGGAGACAUGGAAAGGCAAUUUUACAAGCAGUAAGUAUUUACUCAGGCCCUGUUAGGGUCAAAUUCCAAGAAACGACGUAGGCUUGCAACAGGGACUUAAGACAGACGAAAGUGCGACAAAUGACAUGAAGAUCAGUUGAAACUGUGACAGCUACAAGGACUAUCUCAAUACAGUAGUUAAAUUCUUGUAGCAAACAGCAAUCGGCAAUCAGAGGUAAAUGGUAAAGAAAGUUGAUCUCAGUGGGUGCAUCAGACAAGUGAUUCUCUGAAAGGGAAUACAAAGCACAGCCAGUUUUUGCCAGUUUUUUAAAAGAUAACAGAAUGGUUAAAACUUGAAUUAGUUGGUCCAGUUUUUUCUAGUUGAAAUUCAUUUCCCUCUUGCACAACAAAAGCGAAAGAAAGCCCUUAAUAGUUUGGCUAGAAAAGUAGAAUAACUUCUAAAAAAACAUGUGGCAAACAUGGUCAGAACAUCCAGGUUUUUAGAUUAGAAAAGAUGGCUUUAACAAAUAUCAGAGUGUGCUUCUUGUUGAGUUCACUUUGCUGUGUUAUCUCUUCUUUAGGGAGGAAUGUCAGCCUGUCUGUUGUUUUUGGACUUCUUCUCAAUAUCAGCACAGGUAUGGCUCAGAUACAGUUGUAUAGAAAAACAACUAAAAGACCCAGCAGUGUUAAGUCUAGUCUGCUCAAUGCCUUCUUCUGAUGUUGAUUUGUUUCAGUUUACUGUGCUGUGCCCUUAACCAAUGAUGUACAUGUACAUAGUAACAUGCCUACACUACAGCUAUUUAAUUUAGUUAAGAUCACAUUCUUGUUAAUCCAUGUACUCUACAAUUAUAUCAUAUUGAUAUCUAUAGAUUCUGCUAAGUUUUCUGUACAUUGACAGAUAACUUGUGUCCAACAUUUUUUUGUCACAUUUGAACACAUGUACAGAGGUAAGCGAGAUAGUGAUGCAUGAAAUAAUCAAAUCUUCUUUCUUCUCUGUUUUCAGAGGUCAGCCCUGUCAGUAGCUGCCAACUGUUGCCAUAGUAUUGGUGUCGGUGACUUUCAUCUGGUCGCUGAUUCUAUCCCAAUCUUGAGUGGAAGAUUACAACAUCAGGUAACUCAAAAGACUCACAGAGCUGCAAUCAAUGUAGUGAAUUCUGUUCUGCCCAAAAGUGUGACCUCUUUUAAUUAACUCACAUUCUUUCAUGCAGACAUUAACCAAUCAGAAAUCAAGGACAGUUUCCGGCUGGUUUCUGAUUGGAUUAAAUCUGUACAGAAGAAUAAAUCAAAAGUGGUCACACUUUUUGGCUCGUUGCUGUAACUUGCCCAAAGGACAAGUGAAAUUUUCGGAGGUUAUUCAAAUUAUGGAAGAACUGUAAUCAUUGCUCAUCAAAAAUGCUUUUCGGCCAGGUAGUUGAAGUGACUUUUGGGCUGGUACGUGCUAGCUACAGCUUGCCUGAUGAAUGGCACCCUUUAGAACUGACUUUGUUUUCACCCUGCUGACUAAAAUUUUCCCAUUGUCUGACAAAAUCCUAUUUGUGUUUGGACUUGAUAAUCAGAUUAUAACCAGACAGAUUAAAAUACAAAUGACUAUCAUUAUGAAGCUGUAGCUUUAUAGUCAAUAUUUGUAAUAAACAUUGUUUGCCUGGCAUUUUUUUGGUUUGUCUGACCAGAAUGGUGACCUAUUCAGACAAAUAGAAUGGUGAAUUGUUUUUGCUUGAAAUUUCAUAAAGUCAUAACUGUUCAUCAGUAGAAUGCCUAAUUAAAAGUGAUCUUCUAUCAAAUUCUUUACCUAAUGUUUGGAGAUCAAUGCGGGUUAUUUGCCACAGGUGUAGAUAUUGGAGUUUAAAGGGUCACUGAUAACUCUGCCCUUGUUUGCAGGAUAAGAAGUCAGUGGAGAGCUGUUGUGUGGCAUUUUCAAGACUUGUAGAAAGCUUUCAGACAAAUGAGGUGAAUCAUAUUUUUCAUUUUUCUGUUUCUUUUUUCUUUCUUUUUUUUUUUCCUCGCAAAAUCCAGAAAGCACAAUGGACCUUUUUACCAAUGCUGUGGCCAUAUUGAAUAAGUUAGAUUUAAGGAGUGUUAUGGGAUGCCCAGGGGGAAUGAGCACAUUCUGUUUAGUAUUUAUGAGCGCCUUGCGGUGCAUUUUGUCUUAAAGUUUAAGACAAUAAGAUUUUUAUGGGAAAAAAGAUCGUUGUGCCGUGUUAAGAUGUAAUGAUGGUUGCCUUUUUCCUGAGAAAUAUACAGUGAAAGAUCAUAUUUCUAACACUAAGCAAGUACAUGUACAAUGUAUUUUGCUUAUGUCCCUUAGGCGUCCCAUAAUACUACUUAUUUAAAUUGAAUUGAUUCAAUAUGGCCGCCAUAUCAGUAAAAAGGUCUAUUAUACUGGUAGUUAAUUUUUUACAAAUCUAUUUCAGAAACACCUUGGGGAACUUGCUUCUCAUGGCCUUCUCAACAACUUACAACAGUUGGUGAGUAAACUAUUUCUAAUGAAUUAUCAAAGGUAUUAGCAUGUGUAUUUGCAUGCACAGUACCAUUUCAAACUAAUAGCAUCUUUUAACUUACCAAAAGCAAAUCAUCCUCAUGGCUGCACUGUUAGUCCCUGCAGGCCUUAAGCUACUAGCUUUUGCCCUCUGGUAACCUGAAAAACUUACGUGAGGAAAAGAAAUCAACUGCUUGAUCACGUCAGAUUUUGAAGUUGCAAAACUUUGAGUGCCCUGUGACUCCUUAGCACUGUCUGAGCUAUUACAAAUGUAAAGUAAACUUUGCCUAAGCUCAAAGCUGGAAAUUAAUGCCUUGAUCUGAAAUUUUUCUUUAAACUUAUCCAUGUCAAAUGCCCCAUUAUUUUUUGUCCUAUUUUUCUGUUUUUUUUUUUCAACAUAGCUGAUGAUGACUCCACCAGUCAUUAGCACCAGUACAUUUGUGAUGGUUGUCCGCAUGUUGGCCAUGCUGUGCAACAGCAGCCCAGCCAUAGCAGUACAGCUCCUAAGGCAAAGUAAGUCACUCAGUGAUAUUAAUAAAUAGCUUUGCUGAAGACACUAAUUUCAUUUUAGUGGUCACACAAAAAGAUUUUAUUCAGACGCCAAAGUUAGAACUACAUACUUAAGAAGAAGUAGCAUGUGAAAGUACUGUUAAAGAGGUUUCAUUUGAAUGGUAACACCAUAGGAUUUCAUCCACAGACUCAAACGUUAGAGCUACAUACUAAAUAACUAGUACCAUGUGAAAGUACUGCUGAAGAGGUUUCAUUUGAAUGGUAACACCAUAGGAUUCUGUCCACAGACUCAAAUGUUAGAGCCACAUACUAAAAUUAAUAACUAGUACCAUGUGAAAGUACUGCUGAAGAGGUUUCAUUUGAAAGGUAACACCAGAGGAUUUCAUCCACAGACUCAAAAUUUAGAGCUACAUACUAAAUAAAUAGUACCGUGGGAAAGUACUGCUGAAGAGAUUUCAUUUGAAUGGUAACACCAUAGGAUUCUGUCCACAGACUCAAAUGUUAGAGCCACAUACUAAAUAACUAGUACCAUGUGAAAGUACUGCUGAAGAGGUUUCAUUUGAAUGGUAACACCAGAGGAUUUCAUCCACAGACUCAAAAUUUAGAGCUACAUACUAAAUAAAUAACACCACAUGAAAGUACUGCUGAAGAGGUUUCAUUUGAAUGGUAACACCAUAGGAUUUCAUCCACAGACUCAAAAGUUAGAACUACAUACUAAAUAAGUAGAUGUGAAAGUACUGCUGAAGAGGUUUUAUUUGAAUGGUAACACCAUAGGAUUUCAUCCACAGACUCAAAAGUUAGAGCUACAUACUAAAUAAACAGUACCAUGUGACAGUACUGCUGAAGAGGUUUCAUUUGAAUGGUAACACCAUAGGAUUUCAUCCACAGACUCAAAAGCUAGAGCUACAUACUAAAUAAAUAGCACCAUGUGAAAGUACUGCUGAAGAGGUUUUAUUUGAAUGGUAACACCAUAGGAUUUCAUCCACAGACUCAAAAGUUAGAACUACAUACUAAAUAAACAGUACCAUGUGACAGUACUGCUGAAGAGGUUUCAUUUGAAUGAUAACACCAUAGGAUUUCAUCCACAGACUCAAAAGUUAGAGCUACAUACUAAAUAACUAGUACCAUGUGAAAGUACUGCUGAAGAGGUUUCAUUUGAAUGAUAACACCAUAGGAUUUCAUCCACAGACUCAAAAGUUAGAACUACAUACUAAAUAACUAGCACCAUAUGAAAGUACUGCUGAAGAGGUUUCAUUUGAAUGAUAACACCAUAGGAUUUCAUCCACAGACUCAAAAGUUAGAACUACAUACUAAAUAACUAGUACCAUGUGAAAGUACUGCUGAAGAGGUUUCAUUUGAAUGAUAACACCAUAGGAUUUCAUCCACAGACUCAAAAGUUAGAACUACAUACUAAAUAACUAGUACCAUGUGAAAGUACUGCUGAAGAGGUUUCAUUUGAAUGAUAACACCAUAGGAUUUCAUCCACAGACUCAAAAGUUAGAACUACAUACUAAAUAACUAGUACCAUGUGAAAGUACUGCUGAAGAGGUUUCAUUUGAAUGGUAACACCAUAGGAUUUCAUCCACAGACUCAAAAGUUAGAACUACAUACUAAAUAAAUAGUACCAUGUGAAAGUACUGCUGAAGAGGUUUCAUUUGAAUGGUAACACCAUAGGAUUUCAUCCACAGACUCAAAAGUUAGAACUACAUACUAAAUAACUAGCACCAUGUGAAAGUACUGCUGAAGAGGUUUCAUUUGAAUGAUAACACCAUAGGAUUUCAUCCACAGACUCAAAAGUUAGAACUACAUACUAAAUAACUAGCACCAUGUGAAAGUACUGCUGAAGAGGUUUCAUUUGAAUGAUAACACCAUAGGAUUUCAUCCACAGACUCAAAAGUUAGAACUACAUACUAAAUAACUAGUACCAUGUGAAAGUACUGCUGAAGAGGUUUCAUUUGAAUGAUAACUCCAUAGGAUUUCAUCCACAGACUCAAAAGUUAGAACUACAUACUAAAUAACUAGUACCAUGUGAAAGUACUGCUGAAGAGGUUUCAUUUGAAUGGUAACACCAUAGGAUUCUGUCCACAGACUCAAAUGUUAGAGCCACAUACUAAAUAAAUAACACCACAUGAAAGUACUGCUGAAGAGGUUUCAUUUGAAUGGUAACACCAUAGGAUUCUGUCCACAGACUCAAAUGUUAGAGCCACAUACUAAAUAAAUAACACCACAUGAAAGUACUGCUGAAGAGGUUUCAUUUGAAUGGUAACACCAUAGGAUUUCAUCCACAGACUCAAAAUUUAGAGCCACAUGCUAAAUAAAUAACACCACAUGAAAGUACUGCUGAAGAGGUUUCAUUUGAAUGGUGACACCAGAGGAUUUCAUCCACAGACUCAAAAGUUAGAGCUACAUACUAAAUAAAUAGAUGUGAAUGUACUACUGAAGAGGUGUCAUUUAAAUAGUCACACCAUAGGAUUUCAUCCACAGUACCAUGUGAAAAAAAUACUACUGAAAAUGUUUUAUAUGGUUUGAGUGAUCACAGAAUUGCUUUUUGUUCACAGACUCAAAAGUUACUGUUGAUAUUUCUGAUUAUUGGGGUACAUGCAAAGUGAAGUAUUUGUGUGGCUAUAAAUGAUUUGGAAAAAAAGGAUGAGUAAUAGUUUGUUUAAUAUUGUAUUUUAUUGUGAUUCUGUUUCAGAUGUAUCAGACACAAUUCUUUAUUUAUUGUUGGGGACUACAGAGCCUGGCGAGAUAGAAAAUGCAGAGGUACUGUAUCUUUCAUAACAAAAAUAAUAGAUAGUAGCUUGAGUAAUAACCAACGGUAAAAGAACCCAGGCGAAAUAGAUUGAAGGUCAAAAUGCUCUUGCCAUCUGUGCUGUGCUUUCCCUAAGUUUUGUAAGAUAGGAGGCCCAUGAACAAAUUACUAGUAAUAGAAGGUCCAAUUGUGCAUGCGUUUGCACAUUAUUUGCAUUCCAUUCAUUCUUUGUGGAAGUCCAAACAAAUGCGGGCUAUAUAUGUGCCACUUAUGUGUAAAAGUGACCUGGUAAUUAGGAUUGCUGGCUUCGCAAUAAUUAUUGGUGUUUACUGGUACUGUUUCUCACAGUUUUCACUGUGUGAAGGUAUAAUAAAGUCAAAGCCAGUUACAGGAUAUGAGUGCAGGAUUGACCAGACUAUUUAAGCUUUGUAAGGGUAAGUUAAUUGCUGGAUUAGGGGGCAGGGAUUCUGCAGAAUAAAGUUCUAAUAGCUAGAGAGGAAGACAGCACCCACUUAGCCUACAAUACACAAGCCUUUUUGUGUUAUUGAACACUUUUCUACAAAUCAAAGGAUUUAAACAGGCGAAAAUGUUUACCUAUGAGUAAAAAUAAUAGCACAGUAACAAUAAUAGAGCUGUGUUGAUCAUAAUUUUGUUUCUUUCCAGCUGUUAUCAAGAAGUCCACAAGAAUUCUUUGAAAUAACCUGUUUUAUCAGGUUUGUUGAUAAGUUUUAAUUAUCUUCAGCAGUAUUAGUUUCCAUCAGUCUUGAAAUGUAGACAUUUUAAAGUCUUUUCCUCUCUGGUUGUGACAUGCCUUAACACGCUUCCACAAUUUUAUCCAGUAACAAGUUUGAUUUCUUUUAAUAUCAGCUCUAUUAUAUAAAUCUUUGUAUUAACUCUUGUAUUUUCUUUUCGACAGUGAACUGCUUCCAAAAUUACCUACAGAUGGUAAGAUAACUUUAAUGUUAAGCAGGUUCCUUUAAAGUUAUGAAGGGCAAGAGUGUAAUCCUUUAGCUUCUUAUCCAGUCAAUGCCAUCAUUAUUUGUCAGGGACAAUCAACUUUUUUUCUGACAGACAUGUGGUUACUGACAUGUGUUAAAAGUGAAGGCAAUUUCUAUUGUCAUGAACAUUACAAAUCAACCCAUUUGCUUGCAACAAAUGUUCCAUUCCAAUUAUACCCCUCCCCUCUACCCCUCUGUUAAGGCCCAUCUUUAUGUAUUAAAUAUAUGUCUUGCUUUGUUUGUAAACAUUUUGUCCCUUCUUUUUAACCCACUCCCUUCCCCCCCUCCCCCCCAGAUAUAAGCCUGCAUUGUACAAGCCCAGGGGAUUUUACUGUCCCGUAAAUCCUCUAUUAAGCUCCCUGCAGGCUUGAUUAAAAGGAACAUUAUCAUUGCAACGGGAAUGGUCUGGUCAGUCAGUUCUGAUAAAUGGAAAGCACCCUUAGUACCCAUCCCAAAGGUGUCUGCCUGUCUUUGAGAGACUUGACUGUACACACAUACUGUUACUUGUGUCUCAUGACAUCCUCCCAUUACAGGUAUUUUUUCAGUGGAUACAUUGCUUUGUAAGCCACAGCAGAAGGCAGAGCAAGGUCUGUGGCAGUGGAGAGAUGACAGGGGACUGUGGCACACAUACUCCUGGAUUGACAGCAAGAUCAUAGAAGCUGCUUAUCAGAGUGGCGAGGAUGAGCUGACCCUCACUACUCUGGGAAGAACUUACACAGUCGACUUUAACACUAUGCAACAGGUGCGAUCAAAAUUUGAAUUCUCUUUUGUUGCCCCUAUUCAUUUCCUACAGAAGUAGUGGGGAGAGGUUGAUAAAAUAUCAAGCAAAUUCAUCGUGUGUGAUCAUGUCAGUAAUUCUCAUGACCACUGUGUUUUACAAAGCAUUAAUAUUACAAGGAGAAAUUUGAUGCUGAUCACUCACAGGGCUUAAAGGGUUAAAAGAAUGAAUACACUCUUUUUAUAAGAACCUUGAGCCUGAAAUUUGCCAAAAUAUGAAUUACAUGCCAGGAACAUAGCCGAGGCUCAGAGAAGAACAAUUUAUUUUUCAGUGCUUUUACUUUCCUGAGUCCAGAAAAUCUGAGUUACAUAAUAGGGGCAUUUAUACGAGGAAAAAUAAGACGCGUCUUAAAUAAGACGCGAACUGUACCAUUUAUACGAGCAUGUCUUAUCUAAGACAAGAACAGCUCGUAUAAAUGGUUCGCGUCUUAUUUCUGUUCUUGACUCGUUUUCAUGUGAAUGUUGCCAGUAGCAACGGCAAUCCAACGUGGCGCGCCAAAAAUUAACGCAUGCGUACUAUGCGUUCGCGUCUUAAAUAAGACGAAAAGGUCAUUUAUACGAAGUUUUUCUCGCCUUAGCUAAGACGCGUCUUAUCUAGGAAGAGGUGUUAAGGGCUGUUCUAAAAUAAGACGCGUCUUAGCUAAGCCGCGUCUUAUUGUAGACGAACUGUGCCGUUUAUACGGAAAGUUCGCGUCUUAUUUAAGAUGCGUCCUAUGUAAGACGCGUCUUAUUUUUUUCUCGUAUAAAUGGCCCUAAUGUCCUACAUGGCAUCAAAGUGCAUGUAAAAUUUUGUUCCUUCAACACAUUCCUAUUCUGAGUGGUCCUUCUCACAGUUACAUUAUACUUGUUCAAUUCAUUGAUGUGAAAUAAUCAUCGUCAUAUCUUGUCUAUUUGUAGCUUUAAAGUAAUCAUAUUUCCGUUAUUGAAAUUUAAGAACAUCCAUAAGAACAUUUCCAGGCUGAAACUUCCCAUAAAAUAGAAACGUUACUGGCUCAACUAGAAAAAAUGGACGUUCUUAUAAAAAAAAUGUGUGUUUAUGAAUUUCGUAUAUUUGAAGUGCGGGAUGAAGAAGUAAUUGCAGAAAGGAUAAUCAGAGUUAAUUACGCAAAUUAUGCAGUUACCAAGAGAAAGUUAAAAAAAACUUCAGGCUCGCCGAAUUGGAACCCUGACCUCUGCGAUACCUGUAUAGCAUAAUUGAGCUAGCAAGCCAACUGGGAGCAAGUCGUGAAAUUGGUUCGUAAAAAGUAAAAGGGUUCAGAUAGUCUUAGCGGUUUCCCUGGCAAGGCACAGAAAAAAGCUGCCAUAAUAUACGAUUAUUUCUUGGUUUAUUAUAUCCAUUUUGAAAUCACUGGUGGUCGUUGCAAUCUGAUUGGCUCUCAGCUGUGCGAUUUAUUCAUGAUUCGCACUAUUUUUUGCUUUAAAACACAUUUGUUCUAAAUCGCUUCAUUUCUGCUCUAAAUCGCACCAUUUUUGCUCUAUAUUGCAUCAUUUCUGUUUUGAAUACAAAAUUGGAUGUAAAAGCCUUUUCGUUUCUUCUUUUGAACAAACUGGACACUAGAUCCAUAUAAUUUUGAUACUGACCGAAUUCGUCGAUUUCAAAAUGGCUGUAAUAAAGUGGUAAUUGAACUUCUUGUCGUGCAAUUUUGGUCUGAAAUCAUACUUGUGAUUUCAAAUCGAACUGGUGCUGCGCGUUCGUCCGAUUUUGAAAUCACGCGUAUGAUUUCAGACCAAAUUGCACUCCACUCAUUUCAAUUACCAUUUUAAAUCAAAGUAAGAGAUGCAUUCUUUCUUUGUAGACGAAUGAGGAUACAGGCACUUCAAGACAGAUUCAACGAUGCCCCAAUGGCAGUGAGACAAAUACUACCGUCUCAAAUACAGAUGAAGCUAAAGUUGCAGGAAGGGAUGAACGUGAAGUGGUAUUACGUGAAGAGACUGAAUUGGCUUCCUCGUACACAUGUGGAAUGUUUUCUGCUCUGUACAAGAUAUUCAGCUCGUCUGUGGGACCUGCUGUCAGACACAAAUGCGUGAACGCUAUUCUUAGAGUACUGUAUCAUGCGCCCCCAGAACUGUUGGGCGUGGUCUUAAAGAGACACCCUAUUUCAAGCUUGAUUGGAGGAAUGCUACAGUCAAAUGACUUGAGGGUCAUAACAAACGCUCUUCAAAUGGCAGAAAUUGUAAUGCAAAAGCUGCCUGAUGUGUUUCAUGUGUCAUUCAGAAGAGAAGGAGUGAUGCAUAGGGUUAGAGACUUGGCCAACGGUCUGUUGGCAAAUAAACCAAGCACGUCAGGAAAAAACUGUUCAUCAGAGAAUUUAGCAAGCAGUAGUGACGUUGAAAGUCCAACACAGAGAGUCCCUGAAAAUGCACCAUCAUUACCAGUAACCAGGUCAGAGAUCUCUGUCUUUAUGUUCGCAUCCCAUUUUUACCUGAAAGUUAACGCUUAAAUUUUUUACGCUAAUAUUAGGAUUAUUGAAAACACUCAAGGCUUCCUUUGUCUUCGUUGAAGCACCCGUCCACAAAUCGAUCUCCACAGCCACCUACUUAUUUAUAUACCUAGCUGCCCGUCCAGGUAUUUAUCUUAUCCAACCACCCACCUACCCUUGUAUUGUUUCAUCCACCCACCCAUCCUUCGAUUCCACCCACCCACCCAUCCAUCUGCCCACCCAUCUAUCCUCCACCAACCCAUCUAUUUAACCACCCACCCAUCCAUCUGCUCACCCAUCCGCCCAUACAUCUAUCCAUCCACCCACCCAUCCACCCAUCAAUCCAUCCAUCUAUCCAUCCACCCACCCACCCAGCCACCUAUAAAUACAUUCAUCCAACCAUCCCAUCCAAAGUAACCUUAAGGACCGUCAACUUGCAAGGAUUAACCUGACUGGAAUUAUUUUAUCAUUGUUACCAGAAGCAUAACCAUGUUGUUACUUUAUCACCUUGACUUUUUUGUAUUUUAGGAGGCUGGGGGAUGUCUUGCGGAGGAAACGCUAUUCAAAACGCCCAAGUAGAGGCAAAGCUACAAGCAUUGCAAGCACAUCAGAUGCGUUUGUUGGUGACGUUGCCAGGCAGCAGAUAGGUGCACCUUCUUCAAAGACGAUUCUUCACGAGAGUAGAGCUUCAUUUUUGGCCUCUCAGUCGUCAAGACUUAGUUGCCGGUCUUCAGUGCUCUCAGAACGACCAGCUAAGGUAUAGCAUAAGAAGGCUGCACGAAGGCCAGAUUUAGGGGUGGGCCGAGCCCGAGGAGGCCGUGCCCACCCCUUUUUCUUUGAAAUUUUGUACUAUUUUUAUAGAAUUCUCAAAAAGACAAAAAGUAUCUAUAUAGCUGGCAAGUGGGAAAUUGUCCCGGCCACCCCUUUCUGAAUUAUCUGGAUCCGCCCCUUUGUACAUUACCAUAUGUCUUUUCAGGAACAUUGGAACCCCGAUUUAAUGCAGUGUCAAGGGACUGGGGAAAUUUGUUCGUUAUAUCGAAAAUCUCGAUUUAACGAAUUUUCGGGAAAAUAUUCGUCAUAUCGAGCUAUAGUUAAUAAUUUAAUUUUCAACGUCCAGCAUUUCCCGAUCUGAACAAUUUAUACUAUACAAAGCUAUUGUCUCAGUGCAGAGUUGUACAUGCCAUAGCUACGGCACUAUAAACUCUAGAAGAGGCAAACAAAACUGGUUAAAACUAUUGUGCGCUUAAGUUUUAUCCUUGUUGGUCUGUGUCGCAUUCAUCUUCGUCAGAUGUUUACCUUUAUUCGUUAUAUCGAGGUAUAUUAUACGCUUCUAGAUUGCGUUCGUUAUAUCGAGAAUUUCCGUUAAAUAUCGAGGUUCUGUUCCAUACAUUUUAUUGUAAUUUUGGCCGGGCUGAAGAAAAUCGUUCGUUCUACAGAGGACGUCGUUAUAUAGAGGUUCUUUAAAUCAAGGUUCUACCGUAGUUCGUAACCUUUUAACCACCAAGGAUGAUCAGCUUGAAAUUUCUCCAUAAAACAUCGCUGCUUAAACAAACGUAAAGGUCGUGGGAAUAUAGGAAAGAUCACCGAAUAAGAGAGUCUCGAUUAGUAAAUCUGUGCCAGACUCUCAGCCAAUAAGGACGUCGCAAAAACAACAGAAGUCAUAAUAAAAUAAGAGGUGCGGGAUCUGGGAAAGAUGGCAGCCGAUCUCUCUCCCCAGCCUUCGCGCGUUUUUUUGGAUAAGUUUUCACGGUCUCUGUGCACAUUAAGAUCUUGAAACCUUGGACAGGUUAUCAUUGGUAACCAAAUUCUCCUUAUCAACACCUGAUGAAGUGUGUAGGCAUCAGUGUUGAGAAUAUACAUGCUGAUAUUAGGGUUCAACGGGUUGACUGGACUUAAAGUAUUUGUUUAGGUUCCCAAUGGUGUCUUUAGGAAGAUAGAGUAUUAUGAAGUAAGUAUGUUGAACAAUUAUUCCACGAGUAUGCGUUGGAUGUGAGAUGGUAGUGGGCAACGAGGUGCGUAGCGCCGAGUUAGCUAUAAUCAUCUCAUAUCCAACACGCGCGAUUGGAAUAAUUGUUUUAUUAAAAAUGCCCACAAAAUAUCGAGAAUUCUUCCCGACUUUAUUUGUAAAAACAAGCGAUUUUCAGCUUGUAUUUAAUUUUGAGCUGACGCGUACAGUUGCCAUAUUUGGAGUGCAUGCUAUGAUGGCUCAUAUGCCAUGAUGGCUAAGCCAGUCAGAACGCUAGGAUUGCAUUAUCCAAUGAUUCAGUUUUUAAUAAGAUAUAUUAACAUAUAAUAUAACAGAUUAUAUAUAUAUUUUUUGUUUCCAGUUGGAAGCAUCUGUUGGAAAUGGCAUUUCAGAAAAUCACGAAAAAAUUUUAAGUUGGAUAAAAGAGCAAGGUAAGAAACAAAAACCAUAAAACAAAUUGCGGUAGGCUUUAAUACAACUAGAACCUUGACUGCGAUGGCUGAAAGUAACUGAAAGAUUGGAUUUGGGGAGCUGUGUCACGAAACGUGUCAAAAUUCAAACGGUCGGAACUGCCACCAAAUUGGGUGAAACGUAAAAAUGACUGCUCAGAACAUGCAGAGGAGGUGUAAAUAACUCAGCAACUACCAAAGGAGUAACGGAUGAACAAACUUGGACCAGAUUGAAACGGGUUGCAAUUGUGCUUUUUGUUAAUUUUGUAGCCUAACAUUUUCAGAGUUCAUUUUUUUUGUUUGUUACGUUUGAUAUACUGCUUGAGAGGCAUGUUUCUUUGACAAAAAAACAGUGAUUUUGCCAUUUACAAGUACAGUGGAACCUCCACGAACGGCCACCUCUCUAGAACGGCCUUAUGUUUUAGUGGACAGUCCAUACAUUCAGUCUUGUUUCAACCUCUCUACGACUGCUACUUCUCUACAACAGCCACCUCUCCACAAUGACCGCCUCUCUACAAUGGCCACCUCUCUACAAUGGCCACCUCUCCACAAUGACCGCCUCUCUACAAUGGCCACCUCUCUACAAUGGCCACCUCUCCACAAUGACCGCCUCUCUACAAUGACCACCUCUCCACAAUGACCGCCUCUCUACAAUGGCCACCUCUCUACAAUGGCCACCUCUCUACAAUGGCCACCUCUCUACAAUGGCCACCUCUCUACAAUGGCCACCUCUCUACAAUGGCCACCUCUCCACAAUGACCGCCUCUCUACAACGGCCACCUCUCCACAACGGCCACCUCUCUACAAUGGCCACCUCUCCACAAUGACCGCCUCUCUACAAUGGCCACCUCUCUACAAUGGCCACCUCUCCACAAUGACCGCCUCUCUACAAUGGCCACCUCUCUACAAUGGCCACCUCUCCACAAUGACCGCCUCUCCACAAUGACCGCCUCUCUACAAUGACCGCCUCUCUACAAUGACCGCCUCUCUACAAUGGCCACCUCUCUACAAUGGCCACCUCUCCACAAUGACCGCCUCUCUACAAUGACCGCCUCUCUACAAUGGCCACCUCUCUACAAUGGCCACCUCUCCACAAUGAUCACCUCUCCACAAUGACCGCCUCUCUACAAUGACCGCCUCUCUACAAUGACCGCCUCUCUACAAUGACCGCCUCUCUACAAUGACCGCCUCUCUACAAUGGCCGCCUCUCUACAAUGGUCACCUCUCCACAAUGACCGCCUCUCUACAAUGACCGCCUCUCUACAAUGGCCACCUCUCUACAAUGGCCACCUCUCCACAAUGACUGCCUCUCUACAAUGGCCACCUCUCUACAAUGGCCACCUCUCCACAAUGACUGCCUCUCUACAACGACCACCUCUCCACAAUGGCCGCCUCUCUACAAUGGCCACCUCUCCACAAUGACCGCCUCUCUACAAUGACCGCCUCUCUACAAUGGCCACCUCUCUACAAUGGCCACCUCUCCACAAUGACUGCCUCUCUACAACGACCACCUCUCCACAAUGACCCCCUCUCUACAAUGACCACCUCUCUACAAUGGCCGCCUCUCUACAAUGGUCACCUCUCCACAAUGACCGCCUCUCUACAAUGACCGCCUCUCUACAAUGGCCACCUCUCUACAAUGGCCACCUCUCCACAAUGACUGCCUCUCUACAAUGGCCACCUCUCUAAUGACCCCUCUCACCUCUCCCUCUCUGGCCGCCUCUCUACAAUGGUCACCGCUCUCUACAAUGACCGCCUCUCUACAAUGACCGCCUCUCUACAAUGGCCGCCUCUCUACAAUAGCCACCUCUCCACAACACCACCUUUCUACAACGACCAUUUGUUUGGGCAGACAGUCCAUACAUUCACUCUUGUUUCAACCUCUCUACAACGGCCACCUAUCCACAACAGCCACCUCUCUAGAGUGGCCACCUCUCCACAAUGGCCAUCUCUCUACAAUGGUCAUUUUUUUGGCGGACAGUCCAUACAUUCACUCUUGUUUCAACCUCUCCACAAUGGCCACCUCUCUACAAUGGUCACCUCUCCACUACGGCCACCUCUCCACAAUGGCCAACUCUCUACGACGGCCACCUCUCCACUACAGCCACCUCUUUAAAACGGCCACCUCUCUACUAUGGCCACCUCUUUACAACAGCCACCUCGCCACUACGACCACCUCUCUACAACGACCACCUCUCCACAGCGGCCACCUCUCUUCAACGGUCACCUCUCCACAAUGGCCACCUUUUACAACGGCCCUUUUUUUGGUACACAGUCCAUACAUUCAUUAUAUUGUUUCAACCUCUUUACAACGGUUACAACGACCACUUUCUUCUGUCCCCAAUGUGGCCGUUGUAGAGAGGUUCAACUGUAAUUUAACAAGUUCCAUUGCAAAUGAGGACGUGUAAUGCGCAUUUUAAACAAAGUGACUUAGACAGCCUCGACACGCGCCUUAAAUGAAAGCUCUGGAAUGGAUGUUUAAGUAACAACAUGUUAACAUUUUUGUUGCAGCUACAAAGUUCUGUGCUGAAUACUUUGAUCAACAGAAGGGUGAUUCACACCCUGCCCUCAGUGUCCUACGUCAGUUAAAGAGUGCUGCAGAACAACUGACUCUUGAGGUGAGUGGUUUUUUCAAACAGUUUGCAGUGAGGCUUCUCAUGUACCUAACUCCACUGCCGCAUUAUGCAAUCUGCUGGAGAGCAUAAGCAACGAAGAGGGCGGAAGCAACGAGAAGGUUAAAAAAGUAAUAGGUUGGAAUUCGCAAAACAACAACUUUGGCAGGUGCAUCACUUUUUUUUUGUACAAUUCUUUGCCGUCAUUGCACUUGUACAACAGGAAACUUUCUAAUUCGCGUUUUAUGACUGCUUGAAAACAAGACAUGCCUUCCACGAGAACAUUCGAAAACAACUCUUUUCCACCUGUAACUGUAAAGUGGACUAUUUUGUAAAACUUUGACAAGUGUAAUUUACAAAUGCAGGUAUUGUUUUACCACUCUAAGACAAUAGCUACACUUGUAAAUUACACAGGUAAAAGUUUUGUUAAAUUGACCCCAGGCCACAGCGUUUACCCGGGGGAGAAUGGUACACUGUUUUUAAGAUAAGGAAAGUGAAUAACACCGUUUAAAAGCACCACAGCUGAAUAGCUGUCUCAAAAGUUGUCAAAGAAAAAAAAAAUAGUUUUGUAAACAUCUUGGAAACAUCUUACAAAUAUUUUUCCGUACUGAUACAGCAACAUUUUCUGACUCAUUUCUUGACCAUUUUGUUGUAGGUUUAGGCCUUUAUUUUAUUUAUUUAUUCAUUCAUUCAUUCAUUCAUUCAUUUACUCACUCCCUCAUUUAUUUAUUUAUUUAUUUAUUUAUUUAUCGUUUUAUUUAUUUUCAGAAGGAAGAUUUUGUCCCAGCACUUAAGGUGAGAGUUCUUGGGAAUGCUGCCAAAAACACAAACAACGACACCAACGUUGUCGGACAUCAAUCGAAAUGUACAAUUUGUGAUUGGAAAUGUUUUUCUUAAAUAAAAAUUCUCAUUUUUCGUGACACUCCCCUUUUGAAUUUGUUGCUGUAAGUACGCUCAAUUCAAGCUUUGCGGAUGCCUCACUUAUACAGACAGUUUUAUUUGUAAAAUGAAUGAAACUGUCGCUAUUUUGAGCUUUCUCUCCCUUGGAUUCUAAUCCAUUGUCUUGAAAGCAUCAGAUAAACCGCAAGUUGAAUGCAACUUUGUCGACUCUAGUUCUGCCAGCAUUCUCAGUAAUAAACUAGGCAGCCGAAGCUCAUUUCCGUAAUGUUAGUCGGCUUUCAAUACUCUUGAUUUCCCCUCAUUAUCCUCAAAUUCAAGUUAAUUACACUUCACUGCCAAAAAUGAAAUUAUCUUGUGCGUUCUUUGGUUGAAAAUUUUCAGGAGAUUUCUGAUGUGUUGACUAAUGAAGACAACAGCGCAUGUGCAUUUGAGAUACUUCACAGUGGAAUGGUACCCAAUAUCCUCAGGUAUGCUCAUUCUUUCCUUUUGGGAUAACACAGCUGUUUUCAGUUGAUUAACAAGAGUAAUUUCCAUCGUCCCUCGUUUUUUCACCCAGGCUUCACUAUCCUGAUACCUGGAACAGCCUAGACUGUCUUCACUUUUUGAUUGGCUAAAAUUUUUCAUACCGCUAUUUUCACCAAUCAGAAGUUACCACUGAAAAGAUAGUGACGUGACUGUGAGCAUUUUCCCUCGCUACAGCCUCUGCAACACGGAUGCAUUCAGUCACGUGGGCUCAGUUGUGUUGUUCAUAAAAGUACAGUUUGUUUUAUCUAUGGAUUUAUUCGUUUUUAUUGAUUUAUUUACUUAUUUAUAUCUCUUUACAUAGGUAUUUGACAUCGACAGAGGCAGAUGACGCUCUUCCCCAAGAAAAACGAAUGAGAAUAUUUUUCCACGUUUUUGCGGGUUUGCCGGUCAGUAUUAAAUCAACAUGCUUUUUUAAUUCUCUCUUGUCUACCCUCUUCCCUCGUCCCCCGUCUCUUUAACUGGUGCCCCACAUUCGAGUAAAUGUUAUUUUCCCCCCCCAGAAAACGUCAUUUUGCAGGCUGAAAAAAAAAAAGGUUGAAAUAACGUUACAAAGAGUGAUAAACAUGAAGUUUGUUUUUUAUUUUCUUCUUCCAGGAGACAUGCUCACCUGGAGAUAUCAAACUUGAGGUAAAGACCUUUCUGUGAUUUAAGACCUCACGUGUGGUACAAAGGUUGAUACUAAGAGAGGGGAACGUUCUGUGGGUACAACAAAUUGGGGCUUCGCUCUCAUAAAGUGGAACCUCGGUAUAACGAAGGGCCAAAACACUGUAUAUUUUUGAUUGAGCUGUAAUUGUUGUGUGUAUCAGUUGUAAAUUAAAUUUUGUUUUUCCUUCUUCAACAGAGUGAACCUAACGUGGGUGCCCUGAUCGCUUUGAUACAAAAACUUCACUUGUGUAUUAAUCAGUUGGAACAGGUAAUAGACCAGCUUCAUAACAAUUUCAUUUCUUCUCUCAAAUAGCUAGACUGCGUUGCAGGCGUCGAAGGGAAGGGGAGGAAGGAAAAGAGAGAGGGAUUGGGGAGAACCCGUUCGUUCUUGUCUCAAUUUAGGUUUCUGGGAAACUGCCCACCUACCCCUCCCCUAAGCCAACAUUUUGCCCUAAGUGACAGAACAGUAUAAGAGUCUGGGAAGCUAUCCACCUACCCUUCCCCUAAGCCAACAUUUUGCUUUAAGUGAAAGUAGGUUUUGACAGGAGCCUAUUACCCUGGGUAAUAGGCUCAUUGUUUUGAUGAUUGCUUAUGGGAGGGGUAUGUGGGCAGUUUCCCAGAAACCUAAAGUGAUCCCUUUUUUGCGCCUGCCACGGAGACUAAAAAAUGGUUAAAUAAAAAACCUUUUACAAAUUCCAGCUUUGUACAACAGCCAUGCGCAGAGACGGCCUAUAAAUUUAAAUGGAAAAAGACGGAUUAACCGUCUUGGUUGUCGUGGAGACAACUUCUUAGAACUGUACCAAGCUGUAAAAUUCACUUACCUAGGCUUUGUUUGAAAUCUGUUUUUUUGUUCCGUUGUGGCUGAAUCACCGACCCAGAUUAAGUAUCUGUUAUCUCUCUCUAGUAUCUUUUAGUUACAGCGAUAUCUUAACAGUUUUCAUCAUUUUUGUAGCUUCCAGUCAAAGUCCAUGACACUCCAGGCGGAGCAGUCGGGGCGAGGUAAUUUUCCUUUUUUUGUUUAAUCAACAUUCAUUUAGGACACUUCUCAGUCGAGUUACAUAAAUCAUCAUCAUCAUCAUCAUCGGUUUCAGUAAUGACUCACUGAACACAUGAUUUAACUUGGCACGCAACUUCAAUCGUAUUGUGUGUCAUCCCAGAAGCCUAGUUUUGUUGUGCAUAACAUCACGCGCGAGAAACCCUCCAGUGCAAUCGCUUUCUACUUCCUGCGACGUAGCCUUUUCCAGACCCUCUAGACGAGCGGGGACUUGGGAGGGAGGGCCGGGAAACUGGUAACUAUGCCUGGCCUUUCGAUCUAGCGCUCCUCCCAAAUCCGUGAUAAUGUAGCUACUUCUACUAAUGAUGUUGCACCAAGUAAACACUCUUGACGUCAUUCCGUUUUAGGGGGUCUCAAGCUCUCAGAUUCUUCAGUUCUCACCAAAUCAAGGUAUUGUAAAUUUAAAGUAAAAAUUAAUGCUCUUGCAAUGUAAUCGGAGUUGGUUAAGGAUACAGCAGGUGAUCGUCUGCUAUCAGAUUAUUUUGAUUAAAAAAAAUGCAGAUACCCCUUAGAGAUCUAAGCGAAAUGAUUGAGAUGACUGGAAUCUAAGGCGGAGAACGUUUUUCACGCGUUACUGAGUUGACCUUUGAUUAUUACUGACGGAGUCGGGGAUGUACCUUACCUAAUGAUGCUUGAAUUAUUUUUUGUUAGUGUCUUCUACAAAGACACCCUGACUGCGAGGGCUUGAAGCAGUGGAAGCGUGGACCAGUGAAAAUUGAUCCUCUGGCGCUUGUCCAGGUAGGGACUGAGUUUUUCUUUAAUACGUCAAUAAAGUCUCUUUUAAGCUGGACAGUUUCAGGAUCAACUCUAGCUAUCCGUCUUAUUUCAGUGUUUGCAUUUUAGAGAGGCCUGUCCGUGCCCUUCGCUAAUCGUUGCUAAAUCUACCUAUUGAUACUUCCAAUCAUGGACAAAAGUCUUGGGACACUUGCACUUUUUGGGGCGUUUUCCAAUCCACACAGGCCCAACCCCUCCCCCCCCACUCCACAAACAAUGUUGGACGCGUGUAUCCAAAAUUUUUUCCGAGUUUCAACUUUGUAUAAGGUGGGGGGAGGGAGAAAUGACAGAAAAAUAUGAAAAUUGCACCUGUCCCAAGGACUUUUGUCCAUGAUUGUAGGAGGCGGGCCUCUCUUCUUGGCUGUUAACUAACUUGCUUUGCCAAUGACGUUUUUUUUUUUCAAUUUGUGCCCAGCAGACAGCUACAAUAGAGUUAGUCUCCAAGGCAUCCGACCUAGGGGGGGCUUACUUUGCCAUUAGAAAAAAAAAAUCAAAGCACUAAAGUUGAUUUGUUUUUGCUAAUUUGACUCUGUAUUACAUUCUAGGCAAUUGAACGCUAUCUCGUUGUUCGUGGUUAUGGAAAGAAACGCGAGGUAAUUAUUGUCAUUUUUUGUGUCCUUUUGUCCAUAGCUGUCAGCUAGAUUGUCAACAGUUUGAGCUCCACCGUCUAUAGACCUGCUACAUUACUCUUACUUAAUGAUGCGUUGAGCAUUCCCUCUUCUAAAAGAAUGGCUCGUUUACUUGUUCAUCAAAAGCAUGGGCUUUAUCAAGUAACCUACGUAUAAAUUGCAGCAACCAUUAGAGAGCUUUAGAUUCUGAGACGAGGACGACUACGAGUACGGGAUUUUCUCAAUACUAAGUACUGCACCCGCGUGAACCAGCGUCAUUUUGGCGGGAAAACGUGAUAGCCGUCGUCAUUCUACAGCGAGUUUUAGUGAGAAUGUCGUAGUGGCGGGAAUAAGUUAUCAAAUGCAAGAAGUUUUAUCAUUUUUCUCUCUCGGAAAGGGUUAACCUCCUUCAGAAUAAAUAACCGUACUAACUUUUGAGGGAAAAGGUAAAUUGAAGCUUUCCGGGUGUCUUGUACUCGUACUCGUUCUCGUCCUCAAAUCUAAAGCUCAUUGGUAACCUUAUCCCUGCUGUUAUGCACAACACAAUGACUCAAUCAUAGACAAAGCCACAAGAAACUAGAAAUCUCCUUUUUUAAGCUUGAGGUCUUGCUUGCGGCUUUGCGUCAUGUUACUUCUAUUCCCAAAAUCCUUGCUGGUUUGGUUUCUUUUGCAAAUAAGGGCUUUUGCUAUUUUAUUACCAUAUUUAACAUGAAAGAAAAAAACAACAUUGAUUCUGUUAGUAGUAGUAAAAUGACGCCAUCGUGGAAAUUGUUUAUCGAGUUUAUUCUCUCUAAUUCUCUGUAGACUGUGAUGAUAACUUUUAUUUAUUGGGGUAGGCUUUUUGCGUAAUUUUAAAUUAUCAUUAUCACCAUUUUAUAGAAUCCUGAAGAUGAUGGAAGUGACGAUGAUGGGUAAGCUGUUGAAUUAUAACCAUUAACCUCAAUCUUUGUUCCUUUGCAAGACUCCAGUAGCACCCAGCACAGAAUAUUGUGUGACGUUGUGUUGACUAUUUCUUGCGGGACCAACGUGGGAAAUCCUGAGCGGGCAUGAUGGGUGCAUCUUGCCCUCUUGGGAAGCCAAUCAGGAUUCUUCUCGCUCGUAUUUUGUUGUCGUUUUCUUAGUUACUUAGUCUGUCAGUCAGUCAGUUAGUCAGUCACUCAGUCAGUUAGUCGGUCAGUCAGUCAGUCAGUUAGUCAGUCAGUCAGUGAGUCAGUGAGUCAAUCAGUCAGUUAGUCUGUUAGUCUGUUUGUUUAAGCAAAGUGUGUCUUUCGGAGUUAAUGAAGGUUUGUUCCUUUUUUCCAGCUCUGAUGAUGACAUAGAUGAAUCUCUGGUAAGUUGGUUCAAUCAUGCUCUCUGCAAUCAUUUCGCAAUACAGUCGAACCUCCACAAACGGCUACCUCUCCACAACGGCCACCUCUCUACAGCCGCCAUUUUUUUGGCGGACAGUCUAGACAUUCACUCUUGUUUUCACCUCUCUACAAUGGCCACUUUCUUCUGUGCCCAAUUUGGCCGUCGCAGAGAGGUUCAAAUGUAUUCUUUUCGAUUUGUUUUGUUUUUAUGUGCGUCACACACUUUGCUAAUGCUUGAUCCACUUUGACAGGCGACUGAACUACAAGGACAAAACAAUUCAAGGUUUGUCAUUAUUUCAGUGUUUUCUGAUAAAGAAUGUAAAGGAAAUCAUCACGUGAUUGUAUUCUAGAAAACUGUUUCUUUCAAAUUUUGUUUUACGAAAGAGAAAGAUUAAACAAUCGUCAUGUGUCGACCUUGGGACAAAGAAAAAUUCCCCGAAAGAAUUCGAACCUGAACAAAGUAACGCUGGGUGAGGACUAUAGCUACUGAGUUAUCCUGGAUACGAUUCUGGAAAACUUCCAACCUACCCCUCCCCUAAGCCAACAUUAACACUUACUCACUUAGGGCAAAAUGUUGGGUUAAGGGGGCAGGUGGGCAACAAAAACAAACAACUCCCAAGGGACUGGUUUUGAACACCAAAAUGGCUUCCGUUUUAUUGUUUUGGAACACCAAUAUGGCCGCCGUGACGUCAUGUGAAAGCACUCUAUUGGUGGCAAACUAAAAAAACUCACAAAAAUUCGAUAUUUCAUGAUAAAACUACUUUGGUAGAACUUUUGAGUGGUGCUAUUCAUUUCUUAGGAUUUUACAAAAAGGUAUGAGGAAUAUUUGUGAUUCUUUUAUAUUGGCAUUCUAAGUAGUAAAAAGGCUAAGCUCGGCAGUAAAUAAAGAAUAUGAUUUACUCGAUACAUAGGGGAAAAUUCUAAGAGAAUUUCAAGAGAAAUUUUCUUGAGAGUGGCCCGUGGCCUAAAAUGGGGAAACAAACAGUUUACGCUAAAAAGUCUGGGGCUAGAUGCCUGAAACCCGCUAGAUGCUGAAACCAAACGUCAGACGUAGCUGCUGACGUAAGCCGUUAAAAUAAAGAGUUUUGGAUGGUGCUGAACGCCCGGAGUUAACCGCUUUUUGUCUUAGAUGAAAAGAGUAUUGUUUUGGUGACACUUAUGAGUUUUUUUUCUGUAUUUAGACAUCAGUUGGAGAUAUUAUUGGGUGACCAUCCUCUGCCAUACAACAUGACCGUGUAUCAAGCAAUUAAGCAGUUUGGUCAGGUAUGUAGGGUCAAGAAACCUUGGAUCAAUUUAGGUUUCGGGGAAACUGCCCACCUACCCCUCCCCUAGCUCAACGUUACCAUUUACGUCUCACUUGGGACAAAAUGUUGGGUUAGGGGUGAGGUAGGUGGGCAGUUUCCAAGAAACCUUGAAGCAAAUGCCACAGAAGACGUCGAUAAAGCGUUGACGAGCAGUUCGCCAAGCCUUUGGGCGUGGUGUUGGAAUAUUUAGUACCCUAUAAGGGAUAAGGUUUUAUUGACUUCGUUAAUUUACGAACAAAUUGUGAUUCUGGGUGGAUGCGGUAGUGAUUCACAAAUCGCUAGCGUCAUUAACUGGUUUCAUCCUUUCACUUGCCAAAGUGGCCAAAGCUCCAAUAUUGACACAUUUCAUGUUGUAAAAUACUGAAAAACAAAGAGCGCAGCGUAAAAGUACCGCCAGAGAGGUUUCUGAUCAGUGUUUUGGUUAAGGAGAAAACAGAAGAUGGAAAAAGAAAAAUGGACACCACAUUGAAACAGUGUUUUCUUGGCACUAAAACAAAAUAUUCAGAUUUGUAAAUGACAAGAUCCUAUCUAUAAAAAUGGAUAAAAGCGUCGUUUGAAAAGCGGACACCAUAUGGUCUUCCCAAAGCCAAGAAGGCAGACUGAAUUUAAAUGUGGCAGUAAUAUGGUUCACUGUUUAUGUUGAAGUAUUAGGGAGCUUAAGCAGCGACGUUUUUGAGCGACGCACGUCAACCGGAAGUGAGGUAUUUUCCCUCUUAACAUGCCUUGAUGAUAUAAAAUUUGUAUUCCUUAGCUUCUUUACUACUAUAGAGGCGAUUUGACUGAAAAUUUGCGCGAAACCACCGUCAAAAAAUGAAAAAAGGUCACUUCCGGUUGACGUGCGUCGCUCAAAAACGUUGUUGCUUAAGCUCCCUAUUAAGCAACGACAACGGCGACGGCUACGAAAACGUCACUUAAAAAGUCAAUUCGCACUUCUUCAAACUUUAUCGCGCUUCUUCCAUCUCGUUGAAUUCGUCAAAUGUUGGCAACUUUUCUUAGAAUGGAAUUCUAAAGGACAGUAUCAAAGUCCAGGAAAAGAAAAAGAAAGUUAUCUUGUGUUUACGUCCUCGACAAAACGUGAAAUUAGGCAUUUUCACGUUGUAGUCGUGCAACGACGGCUAACAAAUGCACAAAAAAGCGUGAUUUACGUGCAUAGUUGUUGUUUUGCCUAUUCAAUGUAUUGUUUUUUUGCCGUUCUCGUAGUGCGAUGAAGACAAAGACUUCGACGAUGACCAAGGUAUCCUAGGAAGACCCAGUAUCUGGGUUUCUACACACACAAUAUGGUGAGUGGUAUCGCUUUUCCAGUUUAUUAGGGACGUUUAGAUUGGACUAUGGAUCUGCGAUUGUGCGAGUACGAGUUUGCAAAACAAGGUCAUGUGCCUCAGAUUGUUACAGCAAUCUCACCACUUCAUGUUCUGUUCUUCACGUCUCUAUUAACCCGGUGGAUCUGAGAGACUUGUCUAGCUUCCAAAGUCAUACUCGUAUUCGAUUUUUGUAUUCUUAGUCAAAACAGUCAGAAAUCAACCUUGACAACUUGAGCUCAGUUCUAAGUAGAGGUUAUACAGUGAAUUGUUGUGUGUAGUUGGUAUUUUAUAUUACGCCGACAAAAGAUGCAAGAUGUACUGAACUCGUUGGCAAACGGUAAGAGCAAUUUGUUUUGUGUUACGGGAUUAUGUAUUGCCAGAGUUUCUGGUAUUACUUAGUUUUGUUAUACUCGAUAUAAAGAGCUUGUGUCAUUCUUUGACUCAAAAAAUUGUGGAUCAAAAUAACCUAGAAUAAUGCCUCGCCAGUGAAAAGUGCUUCUCGCGUGCUGUGAAUUGCCAGGUGCGAGGUGAUUAUUCUGUGCUAAACAAAGUGACUUUUCAUUGUGCUUUGUUGUAAAAGGCAGAAAAUUUCCCCUGAUUUAGGUAAAUAGACCAGUUUUUGUAUACAGACAUUACAUUCGUUAAGCAUUGUUGUACAAAAUGUUUGGCUAGUAUAUACUACAACUAUUAUUCACCCCCAGUGUCGGUAAAAGUGGAGGAUAUUUAGCGAGCCAUGUGGCUACGACGCAAUUAUACUCGCUUAUUUCUUUACUACUUGGGUGUUUAAUUGUUAAUUGUUUAAGAACCGGAUGUCAUAUAACAGGUUACGUUACGCGGGAUGAGAAUCCUAUCACUUUUCGUAGAUUAAGGGCUCUGAACUAACUUAAACUGCGCAGCUCUCUUCCCUAAUUCUCGUUAAGUAAUAAGCCCGGUCCAUAACUCAUUUUCAUGGUGAUAUUUGUCAGGUUCCGACCUCUGACUCCAAACCAGAAAGAGCAACAACCUGUCCUCACCAGCAAACCCAAAACUGGAUCGGCAAGUGCUUCACGAUCUUCUAAGAAAUCUUUGAAGGAAGAUGGUGAGCAGUUCAGUACGUUAAACUGUGCAUGAUGUGGUGGCCUAAGGUUGCCAUUUGUUUGCAUGAUCUUUGAUUGUUCUCGAAAAACAGUUUUUGUUCCUUGUCUUUCCAUUUGUCAGAAGUUGUGUUAAGUCAUCUAGUGGUGUCAUUACUUUAUUGGCCUUUUUGCUGUUGCGCGUGAAUUCAGGCCGUUUUGUGUUGAGCUGUAUCAUGGAACUGUUUUGGGGACUUUGUACUGGCUAUUACGACUUUGCGAGGGAAACUGGGUCCAAGGCAAUGCACCCAAAACAAUCUCAUAUCGCAAUUCGACACAUCACCGUUCCCGCCUUUUGCUCAUUCUCUUAAAGGCUCAAUGGCUCUUUUCGGCCCAAGUCGCUCUUUGGUUCAAUGCCUUUAUAGGGUCUGUGCGUGUGAACACGAUACAUUCACAUAUUUAUUAUUUCCUUUGAUAGAUUCAGAAAAUGACGUAUCCAUGAGUCAGCUGCUUUCAGCUUGUGAACCACAAAGCUUCAGUAAGUUCAACAAUAAAUGUCAAAGAGUAGAGAGUAUUUAGAGACUAAUAAUUUAUCUUGUCAGAAUAAAAGAACAAAUGAAAAAGUCUUAGUGUUAAACGCACGCCCUCCGGAUACCGGUCGGAUAUUCUUUCGUACUAAGCUACGUAGAGACAAGUGACGAGUGAAGCCCAGAGCUAGUUUUAUUCAAGCUGAAAAUAAACUUGUUCGGAAGAGAGUUUCAGAGUAGUUUUUCAGUUUAAUCGAAGAGACGUAAGUAGACAGCUGAAAUUCAAGUUAAACUUUUAGAUACCUGGUCGCUUACGUAACACAGAUAAUCGACUAUACGGCAUUUAAUUUAACAUUAUUUUUGUUGUUGCUUGGUAGCUAUAUCUGAUCCAAGUAUUGAGGUAAUCAGCCUUAUGAAAGCCCUGCACGUGAUCAAUUCUCACUGGACAACCCUUUACGAGGUGAGUAUAGCUGAAUUCUUAGAGGAGAGCUUUAGGUUUGACGACGAAGACGACUACUAGUACGUGAUUUGACUUAAAAGUUUUUCUCGCGUAUUGUCGAGAAAGUAUUCGACCCGGAAAGUUUCAUUUUACUAUUUUUCCAAUAGGCCUGCACCGUUCGAAACUUCUUAUUUCACUGGUCCCCUUUAAUCUGCUCUUCCAUUGUUUUCAGGGAUAGGGGCAUUGUUAUGUGACAAUCCCUACUGUUUUCCCAGCUAAUCAAAAACAAUCUUUCAAAUUGGUGCGGGAUCGCCCUAUUUUUCACCUGAAAAAUUAGUGCGGGUAGUUUUUUUUUCCAAUAGCAAAAUGAUAAAACUUCUAACAUUUAAUAACUUGUUCCCGCCACUACGGCAUUCUCGCUAAAACCCUUCGUAGAAUGACGACGGCUAUCACGUUUUCCCGCCAAAAUGACGCCGGCUCAUGCGCGUGAAAUACUUAGUUACGAGAAAAUCUCGUAGUCGUCCUCGUCCUCGAAUCUAAAGCACUCUUUUGUUUAGCAAUCAAGAGCUUCUUUAGUUGCUGAUCAUUUGCUUUGUUCUCAUGAUCUUGAUGCUUUAUUCGGCGGUAAUACUGUAAGGAGAAGUAAGAUGCUUAUCAAUCUUAGACCCAGGAAAAUAAUCUGUGCUGCAGCAGAUCAGUGAUAGUUGUGUUUUCCAUGCGAUUGUCAGUACCAAUGAGAAAUCAUACAAUUAACUUCUUUUUUUCUUUUUCUUGUUAGGGGCAAAGCCGCCGGUCAUUCUUGUCUUCAAACGAGUUCAUAAACAACAAACUUGCCGCAAAGGUUACCAGGCAAUUACAAGGUAACAUUUUCCCUUCUCUUCGUAUAGAAAGUCAUUUCGAUGGUACUGCUUGAGAAUUAUAAAUGUUGAAACCUGCCUUGUAAAGCGUAAUAGGAAGCAUCAGUGAAAAAUCUACUCAGUUGCUUCUAUCUGAGUGAUCACUUCUUUACUCGAGAACUCAGUCUAAAAAGUGAAAAGUAAAGCGAAAGCAAUUCUAGUCAACUAUAUCAACGGUAGACGCCUUUAUAAGUCAUCGGCUUUAUUCUCUGCGACUGAACUUCCUAAGGUAUACAUCUACAGCUAGACCAUCGGGGCCGGGUUGUUCAACGCCAGUGGCGGAUCCAGGGGAGGACCCCUCCCUUAUUUUUAGACCAAACCGAACAUUUUUUCUUUGAGACUGCCCUCCCUUAUCUAAGGGUCUGGAUGACCCCCCUUCCCCCCUCCAAGGUUAGCGCGAAAUUUGAAAUCAGAUAUGAAUGCUUAAAACCCAAGUUUAAUUCUUUUUUGCCUACAAUUUGAUGAUUGUUCGGCAUGUAGCCUCAUUUUACAACUGUAUCUGUUUCAGAUCCCAUCACCGUGAUAACUGGGAAUUUCCCUGCUUGGGUUGAAGAGCUUCCUCGCAAAUGGUAUGGUUUUCAGUAGAGCUCUUUGAUUUGUAUCUCUUGUUGUUUAGAUAUGGCGUACCCUGCUUGUAUUGCAUUUUUCCUUUGUAACACGUCCUGCCAGUAACUGUGCUUACACUGUGGUUGGCUCCCCGCAAAAUGUUCAGCAAUUGGUACAGGAUUUAAUGGAGCCGAAAACAAUUGUGAAAUAGAGAGGAGAAGUGGUUACCUCACGUUGCCAUGGUAGCAAAUUUCUGGAUGACAACAAACCGAAAACAUCAGUUAAAAAGUGAAUUCGCGCUGUUUCAAACUUCGACGGUCUUAUUCAAUUUCAUUUAAUUUGUCAAAUGUUAGCGAAAUUUUCUGGGGUUAAAUCUGAAAAGACCGUAUCUAAGUUUCGAAAAAGAAAAAGACAAUUUUUGCGUUGUGCUCGCCUACUUCGUAAAGCGGGUGCGUGAAAUCGGGAAGUUUCACGUCGCAGUCGUGCAACGACGGCUAAGAGACGUACAAAACAGCGUGACGCACGUGCACAGUUGUUGUUUUGCUGAUAUAAACCUAUGGCUUUUUUCCAUUUCUCUUUGCCGUCGCUGGCGUCGUUGCUUAAGCUCCCUAUCCAGAAAUUUUGCUACCAUGGUAACGUGACGUCACACUUAUAUUGCACGCAUUUUAGACAUCCCAUUAAUGAACGGUCACGGAAAUCAGAUAUUUGCAGGAGCAAGAGUCGUCUUUCAAUACAGCACAGUAAUAUACAACACAGCACACCACAUCACGGUGUAAGUUAAUGCAAUGCGGUGCAAUACAGCAGAGGAGGUAGAAAGUGAUAGUGAUAAAACUGGUGACCCUGUGGUCUUCUUACUGUAUUUCAGUCCAUUCCUAUUCCCGUUUGAAUGCCGGCAACAGCUGUUCUACUGUACUGCAAUGGACAGAGAUAGAGCACUUAGCAAGUUACAGGUAUGGUCAUUACUCUGAAGCAGUACAUUCUGAAGAUUACUUCUUCUUCUGACUAAUAUCUGAUGAGGAACCCGUUUCGCUACCCUGCGAGUAAGGUCACCAAUUAUGGCAGGCGAAGUGAGCCGCGAGGGGCGCACACACAAAGAUUCUCACCCUUACGUAUUCUAGGAGUGAAAGCGUUAAACUUGGUUUGGGGAAAAACACGAACUUCUGCGAUGUCAUUCCCCAUUUUAUUGUAGAUGGAGUACCGAUCUGACGGGCAGUUCGUUUUCACUGAUUUAACUGCUAAUAGGCAUCCCGUGUUGCUUGUUCACAGGCCUUUUAUUUUAUCUUAAGAAAUCAUCGAGCGCGCUCAUACAAAUAAAAACCGCGGGGAAUUUAUUGACCGCAAGCGCAAGGGGGUGUGACUGGGGAAUUUCUAUUUUUUUUCCCUCACUCUUCGCGCUCGUGCACUUACCAAAUUGUCGAAAAAAAAAAAGAAAGAAAGAAAGGAGAUUCAUAACGUCUGUGAACAUGCUUGGCAUCACGCCAUAUAAUGCCCAUCAUAAGGUUGUAACUUUGCCUUUCUUCCUAGGAAACACUACCCGAGCUUAUGAAUGCAGAAGCCUCCGAUCGCGUGGCACCGAGAUUUGAUAGGAAGAAGGUUUGUUUAUAUGAGAGGUUAUUUGACUUUAUGUUUUCACUGAUAGACUAUCUCCUCACUCUACUUCAGUGAGUGCACACAGUCAAACGAGGUCGAGGUUUGUUUAAAAAAAAUUUCGUGUAAAUCGCUGUGUUUUGUCUACUCAAGCCUCGGUUUAGUGCCUUUGUUGGCGGGAAUGCGGGAAAACGGCGGAAAUGGAGCCUACUCGUAAAUUCCGCGUUAUGUUUCUUCCUAAUUUCUCGUAAUGUUUUAGUGCGGUGGUUUCUGUAAAUUGUUCUUGACUUUGCGAAUUUCGUAUUUUGUAGCACACUGUUUCUCGUGUUGGGCUGCUUGACCAGGCGGAAAAACUGAUAAGUGAUUUGGGCAGUUCCCAGUCUGUACUGGAAAUACAAUAUGAAGGCGAGGUGAGCUUGUAGACCAGUCCUCAGCAAAUGCAUGCGUAGAAAAAACGCUCUUUAAAAAGAGCGUUUGUCAAGGUAGUGUCGAAAACUUUGUUGUAGUUACUCUGAUUUUGUUUUCUGUACAUUGUGAUUUGUAAAAACAAAAACUCCUCGUAUCUUAUUGACCAGUCAGUAAUGGGCACAAUUGUUUUCCCGCCCCUGGCUGCGGGCGCCGGUUACAUGUGUAUACUUUGUCACCGUUUGUUUUGAUUGGCUCCAGUUGGUUUGAAUUUACUUGUGUCAGGAAUCAGGUGCUGUGGAAUCCUGUCAUACGGCCACGUUGUUAUUACAGGCACUUUGAUUUUCGCGGCAAAAUGCCCAUUGCAUUUUCUUAGAAGAAAACCUCAUUAAUGCGGCCGCCUCGUUCAUGUAACCAAAUGCGCAUUAUAAAGGAAAAGAAAACAAAAAUGAUAUUCCUUGUUAACUGAAAGUGUUUGUAAAAUUGGUAUUGUUCACUUUUAAAACAACUUUCGAGGUUCUACUGUAGCUGACUUACGAGGAUGCUAAAGAAAAGAACAACAAUCUGAGCAUACAAAACGGUCCCGAUGUUCUUAGAGGGAUUUGACUGAGCGACUAGUUGUAACGCGUGCUUAUGUAUGUGUGUGUGUGUGUGGGGGGGGGGAGAGAAUCGAUGGAUUAUAACGCUGUUGAGAGAUUCUCGUGGCUAAAUUUCAAAUCGAAUGCGCCUUGAUAGUGAGAUUCGGUCCGAUUAAUAUUUUCAGGUUGGGACUGGGUUAGGUCCCACGCUGGAGUUUUACGCGUUGAUUUCUCAAGAAUUUCAACGAGCAGACUUGGAGAUGUGGAGAGGAGAACGUACUCUGCCUCCAGGAAGAACAGGUAAGGUUUUUGGUUUUGUAGAUUGUCCUCGAUUUUUGCUUGCAGACACGUCUAUAAUGGAGAGACCUGUCUACACGGACAGUUCUCUUUGGAUCAAAAUCACUAUGCUUCGUUCAUCCCUACCUCCAUAACAUGGACGCCUCUAUAUUGCCGACACUUGGCUCUGUCCCUUUGGUGUUGACUGUUUGAUACCCCCUCUAAACAUUGUUGUGAGAAGUUGUGACAUGCCGAAAACAGUUUAAAUUUGUCAGAACAACGUAAUAAUUGAUACGCAGAUGUUAGGGCCAUAGUGCGACAAUAUUGGGGCAAUGUUCUGACAGUGUUGGGUUACUGUUGAGACUAUGUUGGGGAAAUGUUUUGGCUGUUUCACCGGUAGUUUACUUCAAUCAAGAUUUGCUUGCCUAACGUUUAUUCUUCGUUCAACAGGUUUUGGAGACGAUGUUUCAUAUGUGUACUCACCAAAUGGCCUCUAUCCAGGUGACCUAAAAUUUUUAACUUUCUUGAGAACGGAUACACUUAUAUUAACAGUAAAAACGUUCCGUAUUCUCCUGAACCGAGUCACUAGAGAAACAACAGAGCAGGUCCGAUCAUGUAGUUGUGAGAAUAUUUAUUUUGUGGUUAAAAUUUUAUUGGCCUUGCCCAACACAAUGUGUAUUCAUUUAUCUCACGUUAUUUAGCUCCAAUUUCACGCAACGCCAAAACAGCAACCGUGACAAAGCUGUGCUCAAAGUUCCAGUUCCUGGGCAAGUUUCUUGCGCGCGCCAUAAUGGACUUCAGAAUACUGGACAUUCCCUUCUGUCCAAUACUAUACAAGUGGCUCCUCAAUCAGGAGGGAACGCUUGAUUUGGGUGAUCUUGCAACCAUGGAUCCGGUGCUGGCGAGGUCGCUGUCUCAGCUACAGCAGGUUGUGCAGCGAAAGAGACAGUUAGAACAAGACGCUUCUCACACUCCGGAGAGUCGGCAACUGGCUGUGGACAGUCUGACGCUUGAUGGAGCCCCCAUUGAGGAUCUCGGCCUGUCGUUUGCUUUACCCGGUUAUCCGGAAGUGGAGCUUAAGGUAUAUUUUAAUCGAUUGUUAUUAGUGAUUGUGGACAGCGAGUUUUCAUACUCGAUAUUAAUUCAAAAAUCGAAAACUGAAGAAUCAUUCACUAUGGUGUUUUUGGAAAUGAGAUUCAAAAACCUCCCAGAUUUCCAUCCUUAAUGCUUAGUGGUUAUAUCAUACACACAACAAAAUGUUUCAUCACAAUAUCAAGAACCUUGAAUAUCAUCAAAAACGCUUCGCAACGCCUCAUAUAAUUAUUCAACCGAUUAUUUAAGAUUCUGUUUCGUGUAAGAUUACUUCAAAAGCUAAAACCCCUUUAUGCAAGCGAACAAAAAGUUGAUGUUGUUGUUAUUGAUGAUGAUGACGAUGAUGAUGAUGAUGAUGGCGAUGACGUUGAUGUUGAUGAUAAUGAUGACAUUCGAAUUUAUUACCAAUCUGACAACAAAACAACAACGUUGCACGUGCAUCACGUCCUUUGUAGAUUUCUUUGCCGUCACUGCACGGCGAAAAAAUGCCGAAGUUCAAGUUUUAUGAAGGACGCAAAUAAGCGGCCACGAAUUUUUCUUCCUCUUUCUAAACGUGAUUGCGGUCCCCAUGAGAUCACCUCCAAGGAAAUUCGCCUACAUUGGACAUUUUCAGCGAAUUGGAAUAAACGUAACAAGGUUUGAAAAAACGCGAAUUCAUUUUAAAAGUGACGUAUUCACUGUCGUCACCGUUGUCGAUGCUACUGCUCCCUAUUUACAGCGAUACAGCGGGGGAUGCACGGCAACUUUCACCCGACUAAUUUAUACUCCUAUUGAUUUUUAUUACUAGUGAUUAAUUGAGUGAUUGAUUGAUUGAUUGAUUGAUUGAUUGAUUGAUUGAUUGAUUGAUUGAUUGAUGUUUUAGAGAGGUGGAAAAGACAUCGCAGUCACUAUCCACGAUUUAGAAGAAUACAUCAAGGUAAAUUAAAUUAAAUUGAUCUCAACUAAAUAACAAACUCCCUCUGCAGCAAGGCUUUCUUAGGAACACAUCGUCAUAUCGUUGUAUCUGUAGAAAAUCAUUUACCCAUAAUGAGAGAAUUUCAAAAUUUUUGCUCGCUCAGCAGGACAUACAAUGGUCCAGUCCUAUGCGUUAAAUGUCUACAUUUCAACAUUUGUUUUAACUGCAAGGCCGAAAUACUGUGUAUUAUUCCAAGAUGUGUUUUCACGCAAAUUAUCAAAUUAUUCAGCAUGAGUACUAUUUCAGGACACCUCUCUGCCGGAGACGGACUCCUCAAUUUUUACGUGGUCAUCCAAGCCAUUAGGAAAGUCUAGCCGUUUGCGGGACACUGAAGGCAAUAGAGAGAUUUAGAAUCACGUUAACGGCAAACGGCCUUUUGUACCACGUGAUCACGUUUACUGGUCAUCAUAUCUACUCAGACAUCAGCAGACUCAUGCUAAUUUCAUCCAUAACAAUUGUUUUGGACAGUUUUGAUCGGCUCAUUUCUUAAUUUGAUAUAUGAAUCUGAAAUUUGCCGUUUGCCGUUAACGUGAUUGCAAAUUUCUCUUACUACAUACUUUAUCAUCUAUUUAAAGAUUGUUACUGUUGGUGUGGCACUAGUCUGCGUAGCUGGCGGGAUUAGCGCGGGAGUGCUGUAUUGUUUUAGCUCGCGAAAAUCCCUCGCGGCUUCGCCGCUCGCUUCGCGUGGCGGGAGCCGCCAAGAAAAUACCUCGGGCACAAGAAUCCCGCCAGCUACGCAGGCUAGUGUGGCCUGGGUAUUUUAACCCGUGAAUUCCCGCGCUGCAGACCAGGACUUUACCCUCAGAGCUAAUUUAUUUUUUGCCUAAUUGUUCGUAUUUUUCAGUUGGUUGUUCAGUGGACUCUUCUAACAGGUGUCAAACGCCAGCUUGAUUCUCUCCGAGAAGGGUUUAACUCAGUUUUGCCUCUGUCAAAUCUGACGAUUUUCACUUACAGUGAGGUGAGUCAAAUGGUUUCAUCAUUUACUUCAACAUUCGUUUAAAAAUUUGUUGAAACAAACGUCGAGGAGGCUGUUUGAAAAGGUUGCUUGACAUCGGUGAACUUGUCAACAUUGAUGAACAUGUCAAAAGUGCGUUAAAACAAAUUUUUGAAUUGUUUUAAACUUUCACUCAACUUUGCUCUAACAUUUCUUUUUGUUUUCGAAAUUCGCGGAUCGUGUUAUUCCCUAGACUACCAGCGGUCUCUCUUUUUCCUUAGUCCGACUUGCGAAACGCGCGAGACACGCAAAUGACCACGCGCUCAUCUCAGAAACUCUAGGGAGAAUGGGUACAAGCUUCUCGGAUCGUUUAGAUGGACAAGCGUUACUUAUGAUUAUCAUAAGUAACGCUUGUCCACCCAAAAAACGUUGCGCCGAAAGCUUGUACCCAUUCAUUCCUCUCAUAGUUUUUGGAAUGGGAAUUGUUGUUUACAUUUGUAAAACAGGCGUAUGUGCACAUCAAACUACAGAAUCAACGUUUUCAAAAUGGCGGUCAGAGAGUCUGGUUCUAGCGUGCGGACGCAGAUGUAUUUCCGGUUUUCGCUGUGUCUCAAAGGCGACGUUGUUUCUUUAAACGUUGUUUUUUCUUACACUUUCCGCGCAACGUCCGUUCAACCUUUUUGUUUUUGUUUUUGUCUUUUUUUAAUUGCUUAGACGUUUUCUCUGAUAUUUAUGAUCGUUUUUCUUUCCAGAUGGAGCUAACUCUCUGUGGAAAUGUAGCCGAAAAGUGGGAUAUUAAAUGUAAGCAACAUCUCGUUACUUCAAUUGUAUUUGUAAAUUUGCCCGUCCACACAAUGUUCCCUCAUUGUUUUAACAAGUUAUUUUUAUAUAUAACUCAGUUAGUGGCCAGUCCCAACCAAGAAAGUGGCUGAAUUUGGCCACAUUGCUCGUCCCUGGCGUUAGGCGUUGACAUGUUAGCAUUAAAAUAAAUCAGUGCCGUUGUGAUUAAUACAGUGGUGUUGCAUUUUUAGGUCUCGUUGAGAGCUGCCGACCCGAUCACGGUUACACACACGACAGGUGAGUGAAACCUUGCCCUAGCUUUCUAUGGUAUUCCACAAAAAAAAGGCAACCAUAAUCAAAAUAAUCACACUUCGGUGCUUCAUCAGUAAGUCAAGUCGUGGCUCGGCAGGAUUGGGGAAAGCGAAAUGGCCGAGAUAGGAACUGGAGAAAAUUGCCCUUCAACUAGCCAAUUCUCCACGCCAGAAACUGUAAAGGUGAUGUGACACGGAACGAUUCGCAACGACGAUUUUUAACGCAACACAGCAUCGCAAUAUUGGAACAAUGUUAUAACUAUUCGAAACAAUGUUACUAACAACAAUGUUGCAAUGCUGUGUUGCACUAAAAAUCGUCGUUGCGAAUCGUCUCGUGUAACAUCACCUUAAUUAAGGGGAAUGGGUCAAGCUUUAGGUGCAAGGGUUUCUGGGAUCGUUUGGGUUGACAAUCUCUAUUUAUUUUUUUAUUUAUUUACCAGCUUUUCUGGACACAGGCCUGUCCAGAGGGAAUGUGCACGAACGGGACUCUGGUCCCAUGCGAGGUGCCAUUCCUACUCAAUCCCACAACCCGUAAAGGUUGGCCACACCACCGGGAUCUACGACCCCUACUCUUUUCGAAUAGUGAUGUGGGUUCUUUUACGUUCCACAAGAACAAAUCAGUGAAAGUCCUGUGAGACGGGACCUACGGUUUUUUCAUCCUUAUCCGAGAAGACUAGAAAGUCAAACCAUUUGCAGAUGUCAUUACAAAGGCAGCACUUUCUUAAAUCUUUUAGUUGUAAUAGGUUAAAUGGCUCCAUCGACCAAUCAUAACUAACGCUUGUCCACCUAAACGAUCCCAGAAAUCGUUGCGGCAAAGGCUUGGACCCAUUCCACUUAUAGUUUCUGGAGUGGGGAACUGUCUUCGUUCGCUUCGCCUGAUUUCCUUCCUCGCGCGACCGCCCUCAUUCCCGCCUAAAAGAGGCCGCUCUUCCCUGGCAAGAGAGGCCUAAUCAUCCUGUAGGACUGCUCUACUGUUAAGAACGUGUAUUUACAGGAAAGCUGUUUUUGGAGGUGUUGAUAUUUUAACCAGCUUUAACGCUUUUCUUUCUGUAAUUUUAGUCGAGCCGUCAAGAGUCUGUUUGAAAUUUUAAGCUGCUACGCGCAGGAGGAGCAGCGGCUCUUUUUGCAGUUUGUCACAGGAAGCCCAAGAUUACCUGUCGGAGGUAAGAUCGCAGAUAUUCCUUUAUUUUUCUCGACAUUUUGCGCGUAAAUACUUUCAAUACGAAAAAGGAAUUCUUGCAGACAGGCUUGCUUGCAGAUAAUCUUCUGGACGCGUUUCGCGCGCGUUUUGGCAGCUUUUCUUCCCUCUCACUAAACAAAACGCCAGCUACGCAGGCUGGUGAUUACUUGUCGAAAAGUAAUACUGCCCUUAUGCGGUUAAUAGUUGUGACCUUUACUAAGCGGUCAAGGGAGCCUCCGGUAAUUGCACAAUGUUUUCGUUUCUUCGAACAAUAACGAGUAAUUCUGAACGAAUCGCUCAUAUGAACUUGCGCCAUAGUUUCUAACAGGGUCGGACCCAAGUAGGCAAAUCUGCCCAACACAGUACUCGUUCGUUGACUUUGUGUAUGUUUACGAGCUGUUUGGAGAAAUUGGUCUUGGUUCGUUUACCGUUCUGUCGAAACAGCGCACUCUUAUUCAACUAGGUAACCAUUUAUUUGAUGGAAAUACGGUAAAACAAGCAAUUGGGAAGUCUAGAGGGUGACCACGUCUGCAUAAUUGGCAAUAAUUGACAGGUUAAGAGAUGUCAGCCGUCUGUUCCCCCACCCUCUCCCAAAACUGGCUGCAAUGCGAGAGAGACCGGCCACCCCUUGGGGAGAGGGGGUGGGGCGAAGAGAUGGCUAACAUUUCAGACUAGGCGAGAGAGAGUGGGCCUGUGUUGCAUUGAACUGCAUUGCUGGACCAUUUGUAUAGACGAAUUUUGACCCAGUAUCAGCUUUGCAAAAGAUGUUAAUACGAAGAUGGAAGUAUCGUUCAGUGUUCUUCUGAAUUAAAUGAAAAAUUUUGAGAUAUUGUAUUUUGUUUCGUUAGGCCUGCGCAGUCUAAACCCACCGCUGACCAUAGUCCGCAAGUCGUUUGAACCACCACUUUGUGCUGAUAACUACUUACCCUCUGUCAUGACUUGCGUGAACUAUCUGAAGCUGCCGGACUACUCCAGCAAGGAGAUCAUGGCCAAAAAGCUUAAACUGGCUGCCCUGGAGGGACAGCGCUCAUUCCACUUGUCUUGAAGAGACUCGACUUUCAGUUUUCUUGAUGCCAUGUUUUGUUCAUAUUUCACCUUGUCGCUGGUUUUUGUUAUUGUCACGCGGUCAAGUUGUCAGUCAUCGCGUGAUGUCGACUCUUCACGCAAUCACUGCAUAAGAAGUCGUUUUUGAUAAAUGAUUGAGCAGUGAUGUUAAUGUUGGCCGUAAUGCAGGGUUAGCGUGACGUCACGCUUUCUUCGUCUAGCGAGGUUGUGUGACUAGUCCUUAAAAUCUUUUUGAUAGAAGGCCAUCGUAUUUGGCUACUUUUGAGUGUUUCUGUGUUUAACGUUUCUGUCCUGUAGUUAGUAUUAACCCUUCAAGCCUCAACAAGCUGCCACUGACUGAUUUCCGUUUGUAUCAUCACUACGUGUAAUAUUUCUGAUGACAUUUAAGCUGUGGAGGAAUUUUCGACCUACUGAAAAAUUUGAUCGGAGACUCUGGGCGCGAUCCAUUCAACCAAAAUUCCAACCGGUCCGACCGCGAAAAUCGGUCCACCUCAAAAAGUGGACCCGUUUUUUCGAAACUUUUCCGGUUGGACCGAACCGAUCCAUUGAGUUCUGGACCGAAAUUUCCGGACAUUUUGGUUGAAUGGAUCGCGCCCUCUGUUCACACAUGACCGUUCAAUAUUUUCGCUCUGUUCACACGGAACAUUUGAAAGGCUAGGCCUCGAAAUUUGUGUACGGUUAAGGUGAUUCCGUGUGAACGGAACAGCUAUACGCACGAAUUUUCGACCGGCCGGUACCUUGUGAAAAACGAAACGUCGUCUCCCUUAGCAGCAAAAAAGAGAGUGUCUGGCAGUUAGGUUUGAACAGCAUCUUUUUCGAGAAAAGAUGACUUCUUGUUGAGGUGUGGCAACUUAUUUACUCCGAAUGAAUAUUGUGAAGUGCAGUGGUGACCAAUUUUGCCCGUUUUAAUUGAGAAAAAAAUGCGUUUUACAUUGCCAGAGAGUAGAAUUGGUACCCACCGUGCGCUCUUGUAAUACCUCAUUUACUACUUCAAUAAUCAUGUAUACGCUAUUUUUGGUCAGUAGAAACAAUUCAGGGAUUUUUUUAAAUUCGACAAAUGUUGAUAAAAUACGUUUUAACAGCGUCUUUUCUUCCCAGUCACGUGUGGAUUGUCACACAACGCUCCUCUCAGUGAGUAGAAGAGUUGUGUGACAAACCAGCUACUUGGAGAUAAACGUAUAGCGCAAAAAAAUAGUUGUCUGUAAUUCUGCUGUUUCCCUGCUUUUUUUGUCCAUUUUUUUGUGGUUUGUUUAUUUGCUCCUUUUAUUUAUAAUCGCUCCCGAUAAGUACCAUUUGUAGAGGUGAUAAUAUUGUAAUAAGGUCGCAUCUGUAAUGUAAUUAAUAUUAGUGUGUUUAGAGAUAAGUUUUUAUUUUUAUUUUGCUAUUAAGUGGUUCAAAUAUGGCAGUCACGCAAUCAUAAAGUGGGUUGUAAAACUGUGAUUAUAAUUGUGAAGAAAAAAAGAACAAAUAAUUAUUGCCUAUCAGUUUUAUUCACCCUCUUUCUCUUUCGUGAUGUAGAAAAAGUGCACAUUGUAAAUAAAACCUCCAACGCUUUGUAUUUCCCGCUUUUCAACCACAGUUUUCCUGUGCGCCAUAUUUGAAUUGAUAAAAACAUAUGUUCUAAAUCAGUUAGAUUGUAGCAGACAGAAGUUAAGAGAUCGCAAUAUCCUGUGGUUUAUAAGCUUUAUCUUCACUCCAAUCGCAGGAGCUUGCAGAUAAACUGUGAUUUGUUUGCAUAAUAAAAGUGAUUUUAUGUGGUG